GUCGGUUGCCGUUGGCAAUAAAAUGAGCCUAAAGGUGUACCACGCACUUUAGAAUUAAGAACGGGAAUUGCUGAUGUUUCCAAAGAACAUCUUAAAAGGUAACACUAGUAUGAUAUAAGUACAAUUAUAGUUACAUAUGUUUACAUUCACUAUUUUCAUUGUAACUCUACCUUUGCAGACUGGCUGUUACAACGCACGCGGUCACUGAAUGAUACCAUAGGAUCUACGAUAUGAUGACAUAUCUACGAAAUCCAGAAACAUUUCCUUGCUAUAAGCCUAAAACUUGGCCUUAAAGAAAUCAAGAAGCAUGACCUCUUUCAAGAAACUUCUCACUUUUGCAUUUUUGAUGUGCACGAAGGUCUUUCAGCAUUCUAAAGGUACAUCUGCUUUACAGUGAAAUUUAUACUGACAUGGCUGUCAUAAGGAAUAAGCCAUGAAAUGGACAAUAUGUUCAUUUCAAAUUAUUGUUAUCAUUGAUAUAAUUCCUAAAAAAUAUCAUGACUUGAACUCACAUGUUCACAGAUAUAUAACCUAUCGAAUAUUUACUCCUUUCUCUUGGUGUAGUACUUAUUAGCCGCGUAAAUGCAAUUUUUAAUAUACUGAACUGACAUUUACUUUAAGAAUCUGUGCUGUUUUCAUUGAGGCCAUAUUCUUUCGUUUUUAACUUAAAAUGAUCAAAUUAAAUAAAUAAUUUGAUCGUUUUGACCGUAGCAGACUGAUCAUUUUCUUCCUUACUCAUGAAACCGCUCUCGCUACGGUAAUGCUUUUUUACUGAACUUGAUAAUGGUUUACAAACAACACUCGGUGAAAAGAGGUCAUAUUUAUCAUGCAAAUUUUUUCUUCCUUAAGGUUGUGAGAAUUGCUUUUAGACAAUAAAACAUGUGACUGAUUUUCGCAAACAGUAAUCAACUGAAGCGCUUUUUUUAAAGUGAAACGCGCAGAAAGAGGGAAAUGAGAAAAAAAAUGUUGAAUAGGAUGGGAUAUAAUCAUGUCAAGCUACUUUGAUGUGUUAAAUUGCUUUCGCAAUCUGGUUGCGUUAUACUUUCUUUGUGAAAGCUUUCCUGCAAAACAAGCUGAAGAUAUUAAACGAAUUAAGAGAUUUAACAUUGGCGGGAGCUGAAACAUUUAUUUUUCUUGAAAAAAAGGGAAAAGAAAUUCAAUAAGUAUUAGGUGCUUAAGCGAGUUGAUUUAUGCAGUCGGGUGGUCAUAGCUAAUUAUGCAUAUAAUAUAUCUUACAGGUUUCCCUUUCAUAUCACAAUAAGAUGGUUAAUGCCUCAAUGACGUGACGUGUCUGUUAAUUUAGAACAGGAUGUUAAAAAAGUACUAUCUCUUUAUUUUUCGAAAAUUCGAUGGCACAAGAAAAAUCAGCUGACAGCGAGGUUAACACGGGUCUUAGGACGCUCACCUUGAUUGCGAGUAAAAAGAUGAAAAAGUAAAUUAAACUGCUAUAAAUGGCGGAAUAAAACUAGAAUAAAUUUAGAACAAAAUGAUGAUAAAAGGCUAGCAAAGACCGUACACACUUCGGAAAAAAAUAGAUUUAUCGGAAGCCUUUUGUUUGUGGCAAUACCGUACCCAGUCAUGAGGAGAAAUAAAGUAGCUUGUUGCCAGUUAACAGGAAGUUGCAUGGUCAAGUGGACUCAUGGUGUGGCGUAAGCAUGUUUCAGGAGUCCAUAAAGCUGCAGAGAGGCGGGAAGUUUCCUCUCUAUUACGCGCCUCUACUUUGAUCUCCAUUAUCUGAACGCCCGGAACAAGUGUAAUAUAUAGAUUUAGCCAGGGCUAAAAGCGAGGCUCCCAUUAAUUUAUUUAUAAUUCAAAUCAAACAAUAAACUUGUAUUGCACAAUUUGUUAACUUUAGAGCACAUAGCACAUUCAUGUGACUUUUGAGAGAAAAGGCUAAGUGAUUUUAGAGAAAAAUAAUUUGCAAAUAGCCCAAGAGUGAACAAAAUCUUACAUCGAGUUGAUAACCUCAUAUGUACACCCAAAAAAUAGCAAUCAUCUUCGAUCACAUUUAAGAGCCAUAAUGGCUCUUGAUCACCGUAAGAUUAAAUUAGGCUUGGAGAAAAAAUCUGGUUGAAUUUUUUUGCGUUCGACAAGUUUACUUUACAAAAUCUUGCCAACAAAUCUGGUUGCGUGUAAACCAACCUUUUAUACCAUUUAUACAUCGCAUCUGAGGUGAAACAGUACUAUGAGGUACUGUUUUUAUCAUACAGACCUCGGACAGAAUGCAGUAUUUCACAAUUUUGCAACAGAAACAUAAUAAACAUAAUAAAGAAAUUAUUAUGUUUAUUUUUUACUUAAUGGUUUUAUCGAUCUGUAAUCUUUAAAAGCCUUUGAUACGCGCGGCAUUUUGAGUACUCCUGCAAGCGAUGUUCGCUGAAAGACUGAAAACAAACGGCACAGCGAUUAAAAUUACAAGAGAGACUACCAACAAUCAAUAAAGGAAACAUAAUUCGGCGAAACAUAUACAGAGACAACAUUUUUCAUUCACGAAGACAAAUAUUAAAGUGUCUCUAAAAAUCCUGAGUCUUCAAGCUUAAAGCUUAAGUUUAUGUUUUAAGCCGGCUUCCCGGUAUUUACAGGCAGGUACAAAAGUCGGACCGGAUCAACUCGGACCGCCAGUCCGGGUCGGAUCAACUCGGAUCGACUCGGACUAACUCGGAUCGAAUAAAAAAAUAAAGACAAAAUAAAACUGGUAUCACUUAACGUCGGUAUCACUUAACUUUCACCCGCCAUUUUUGUUUUUUUCUCACGAACUCGUGGUUGCAUAAAUUAAUUUUAUUUUUAUUAAUUUUAAUGAUAUACUAGUGAGCAGCACACACACACUUCCAAUGAACAUUUUCAACUUGGAAGGAGGAGAAAUCAUGCUUGCCCGGGACAACGAAAAUUUUCGUACCCCGGGCGAGAAUUGAACUCACGACCCUCCGAAUACCACAUGUUUAUCGAACGUUCCAACCACUGAACCGGGAUGGUCGCGAGUUCGAUUCUUGCCCGGGUCAUGGAAAUUUCCUUUGUCCCGGGCGAGCAUGGUUUCUCCUCCUUCCAAGUUGAAAAUGUUUACUGGAAAUUUAUGUGUGCUGCUCACUAGUGUAUCAUUAAAAUUAAUAAAAAUAAAAUUAAUUUAGGCAAUCACGAGUUCGUGAGAAAAAAAACAAAAAAAUUAAGUGAUACCGACUGAUUUUGUUUCUUUUUAUAAUUCGAGUUGUUUUUUUUUUUUUAAUGAUCUGAGUUGAUCCGAGUCCAAUUUUAUUUUAUUUUUAUUUUUUUUAUUCGAUCCGAGUUGGUCCGAGUCGAUCCGAGUUGAUCCGACCCGGACUGGCGGUCCGAGUUGAUCCGGUCCGACUUUUGUACCUGCCUGGUAUUUACUUUUUUCACAGAUGAAAUCGAGGCAAGAAAAUCGGUCAAAGCUUUCUUUUACAGCCAGAAUUAUAACUAAAUGUUCUUUGGAACGUUUUCUUUCUAUCUGCGGUGAGAAAAUGUCUAAAGAAUUUUUAAAGUUGUGUAAGCUUAUAUAAAGUUUACCUGAUUCUUGGUCAGAUCAAAUUGUCUCAAAUCUUACAAACGUGCAUAAACUGCAUAGCCGCAUAAACUACGCUCGACUUCUUUAAAUUAGAUAUAAAAAACAAACAUCAAACACAAUAAUUACUGAGGCUUACCAUUCGAGAUGAAGCUCCUGAAAGGUAUCAAGUAAGGCCAGUAUCGCUUCAGACUUUUCAAUAUUUACGCAUCAAGCAAGAUGAAAAACAAAAACGUUGCCAUCCGAAAUCGGAUUCCCGACUUUGACAAGUGAUGUAUUAAUUUCUCAACCAAAAACCAACUAGCCAUGAAUAACAGAAGGCUCCUGAUAGCAGGUGAAUUUCAUUUUGUGCAUCCAGUGGAAAAAGACAGUUUAAAACAUCACAAGUUGACACAAAACUCUCUCAGCUUCAGCUGUCAGAGUAAACAAGAUUCAAGAUGCUGUAUAAAUUUUCCGCAUGAGUUCUUCUCUCAAAUUUUGACCAAUCAGGGCAUAAAAAAGGGACGUAGAGCGUGACCAACGCGUGACCAUGGUGNCGGUCAAAGCUUUCUUUUACAGCCAGAAUUAUAACUAAAUGUUCUUUGGAACGUUUUCUUUCUAUCUGCGGUGAGAAAAUGUCUAAAGAAUUUUUAAAGUUGUGUAAGCUUAUAUAAAGUUUACCUGAUUCUUGGUCAGAUCAAAUUGUCUCAAAUCUUACAAACGUGCAUAAACUGCAUAGCCGCAUAAACUACGCUCGACUUCUUUAAAUUAGAUAUAAAAAACAAACAUCAAACACAAUAAUUACUGAGGCUUACCAUUCGAGAUGAAGCUCCUGAAAGGUAUCAAGUAAGGCCAGUAUCGCUUCAGACUUUUCAAUAUUUACGCAUCAAGCAAGAUGAAAAACAAAAACGUUGCCAUCCGAAAUCGGAUUCCCGACUUUGACAAGUGAUGUAUUAAUUUCUCAACCAAAAACCAACUAGCCAUGAAUAACAGAAGGCUCCUGAUAGCAGGUGAAUUUCAUUUUGUGCAUCCAGUGGAAAAAGACAGUUUAAAACAUCACAAGUUGACACAAAACUCUCUCAGCUUCAGCUGUCAGAGUAAACAAGAUUCAAGAUGCUGUAUAAAUUUUCCGCAUGAGUUCUUCUCUCAAAUUUUGACCAAUCAGGGCAUAAAAAAGGGACGUAGAGCGUGACCAACGCGUGACCAUGGUGAGCAAAGUCAAAAGCAACUGUCUUGCCUGUAAUAGCUGGCUGAAUUUUCGGGUCCGAGGUCAGUUUUUAAUCAAAAUUUUAAUUGUGCUGCCCAAAAACAGAACAUAUUUCAUAUGAAUGAAAAAAAAGCAAACUUGAGCCUGCGAUCAUUUGAAAACUAGUAACUUGUCAGCGGAUAACUUCAAAAAAUACUUGACCUCGAUGGGUCAACACCUGAGCCCGCGGUACGGUCAAGUGAUACUGGUCAGCGGAUACCCUGUUUUCACAGCUGUCAAUUGAUCAAAAUAUUGAUUUCUAAUGGAUGUGUGCAUUAUCAGUUUUCCUGUGCUCUCAAACUAGCUAGAAACGCGAUUGAACAUUGAUCGCGAUCUAGUAAAACAACUGGUCAGCGGACAGCUUCCAAAUAAAUCACGUCACCUUGAAGAGUUGACACAUGAGCCCUCGAUAUGGCAAUGUGGUACUGGUCAGUGGUUAUCCUGUUUUGACAGCUGUCAAUUGACCAUAUUGUGAAUGGCGAAUGUAAAAGAUGUGGAUUUGCCAAGACACGCCUGAGACACCCCUCCCUCCCUUUGAUAGUCUCCCCUACCCUACCCGUACAAUCUGUAGACGCGUACGUACGUACGUACGCUCGAUCAGUCACAUGACAACCAAAAGAAAAGAGGUUGACCAUAUUCUAUGAGUAUGGGGCUCUGUCCCACGCGCGCUUCGCGCGCGAGGUAGCCCCGCUACUAAUUAACCCUUAAAACCCAGUUUGAAGGCUCGCUUUGAAGACCAACUAGAGUUGUCAGUUCUCGCCGAUAAACCCGAGUGCAAAUCAUUCUUAAUUAUUAUGCGUCUUCAUGAUAUUAAAAACUGGGACGGUAACGCGGGUGCAUUAAACAUCAUACCUUAAAUUAAACGUCUGGGCCCAGUUGUUCGAAAGGUAGAUAACCACGUAGAUAACGCUACACAUUGGCCAUGGCUAACUAAAUCUCUAUCCAGUCAACGCAAUUGCCGGGUUUCCCUAAUACUUAUCCUCUGGAUAGCGAUUUAUCCGGUGGAUAGCGCCAUCUAACGUUUGAACAACCGGAGCCUGAAGUCUGAUGUUACAUAACGUUGCCAGGUAUUUAAUAGGUGCAGACGUCUUAGAUAUCCUUUAGCAUUAUGAAAUGUACGGUCUUAAUAAAUUACAAGUCCCAUCGUCUCGCCACCGACAAAAAAUUCCUGCGAAAAAGCUAGUAAGUUACAAAUCAAAUUGGCGUCAGGUCACCCGGUUAAAUUAUUACUAGAUUUUAAGUCAGUUGAGAUUGUUAUUGUAUACCUGCCAACUUUUUCUGAGUCAAAUGCGUGUGACUUUCACCUUGUCAUGACCGGGAUUUCCGGAACGUCACGGCCACUUCCGAAGAUCUCCGUCGACUUCCGACUGUUGCCGAAAAUGUCCGCAGACUCAGGUUCCGAAGACGUUUGAGGAUUUCCGAAGCUACUUAGAAGACGACAUUUUUAAUGUGCUUUGAUUUCGUUAGAACACAAAAAAGGUCACAAAGUCAUCAUUUAAUGCCUUUUUGGAUUGAAUUUUCAUUAUUUAUCAUGUGUUAAAGGACAAUGUAAGUCAGGCGUGAGAAAUUGUCCUCGCUGUGUGAGAUCGGUGUCUUUAGUCCGCAGGAGUGAGACUCACGCAUAAUGCGUGAGAGUUGGCCGGUAUAUUAUUGUUGUUGUUUUAUCAUCACCCGUCAUCAAUUCAUUACACCAUCAUUAUUAUCAUAAUUUGAAUGAUUUAUUUCAGCCGUUUGUUCGGCUCCAGUACAAACUGGUGAUAAAGGUUAUUCAUCUUGCUGCAUUAUCGUUUUUCCCUUUUUCUAGCACAAGCAAACAAGAAACCUCUCUUUGAUGAUAGUCAAAGGGUGUUUACAGCUUACGAGAAUGCUACAGUAGGUAAGUACAGGGUCAGUGGGCUUAUAUUAAUUCCUUAUAGUCUACAGUCAAAAUAUGGUACCGUAUGUGUAUGUCAUCCGGAUAACAACUGAUUAUCUCACAAACUGAACGAUGUUCUCAGGUUCUUCCAUUGCCGUCAUUCGUGCCAGAGAUGAAGAAGGUGAUCCGAUUGUGUUUUCUCUGGAUCCGGUUGGUGGAGAGCUUCUAAACAUCGAUAACAACGGCAAUUUAACUCUUAAACAAGCGCUUGAUCAAGAGGUUAGUAAUAGAUAGUUCUUAAGCCGUUGAAGUGCCAGACGUCACCUGUCUUCCCUUCUCAAUGAUUGGAAAUUCUACAUAAAUUUUAAAUUGUUAUUAAAAAAAAAAAAAUAGCACAGUUACUGGUUAGUCACAUAGUAGUUUUUAUUGUGGCUCACAAAUAAGGACAGAAACAAAAUUGAUAGGGAAAAAAACAUAAAAAUAAGAAUCCCUACUGGCUGGAUGCAAACCAGGUCAUUUACGAGCUUGGUUGAGUAGAUGAACUCGGUGAGGACAAGUCCAGCUAGCGUUAGCGCGGACCGGCAACAGUUGACUUGAGCUCGGGGUCUCCAGAUUCCUUUGGUACAAAUAAGGGACUUGUCAGAAAUUAGCAGGGGGGGGGGGGGGGGGAGGGUGGAAGCCAAGCGGGGUGUUUGGCGGGUUGGGUGGAUGAGAAACGGGGGGGGGGAACGAGCGGGGCUAGGGUCGGGGAGAGCGGGCAAGGGGUGGGUGGGGGGGGGCUUCCGGAGUUUUUGUUGGGAAAAAAAAGGGGUGGGUGAGAAGGGGGGGGGGGGGGGGGGGGGGGGGUGGAAACAGAGGGAGGGCCACAGCUUUUUGAGACUCAGAAAAGGGAGGGGUCAUGAAAAAUGGGUUGUUAAAAGGGGGCGGGUCAUGCAAAUAUAUGCCUGUGAUCAUCCUGGUGAUCAUAUAGAGGUUUAAACACAGAAGAAAAAGGAAGUGCUUCAUUUGGUAAAAAAAAACUUGGGAGAAAUAGGAGAGUCGAGUGAUCAGCUGCCAGAAUCAGAGUCGGACUCUUAAUGCUGUCAUCUAAAAUGCAUGUAUAUAGCAUUACAAAGAACAGAUUAGAAAUAUAUUUUGAGUUUUCAUAAUACUGACUCACCCUAGUGUAUUGCAAGAACUAGAUUUUAUCAUUUAUACAAGAAGGGGAGGGUCAUGAUAAUUUAGGCCAAGCUCAAGGGGAUGGUUAGCAAAUUUCACUCCUAUUGCAGGGAUGGGUCACCACAUUUCCGAACCCAAAUUUAAAAUUCCCACCCCCUACCCUCCUGCUAACUUCUGACAAGUCCCUAAUAGGAAUAAAAAUAAAAGAAGUAGGAAACGAGUUGUAAAUUUCAAAGCUGAAGUCAGCGGGUAAAAAAAAUCUAUAUAUGAAAAAUGUGGUUUAUGUCAGAGGUAAUUCGAAUCGGACGAUCUUAAAUAAAGCAGGUCGAAAAAUUUCAAUUUUUUUUCCGACCAUUUAAAAAAGUAGUGGAGGAUCAUGAAAAAAUAGCCUGAAUUUCAUCCGAUUACUUCGAGUCGUUAUUACUCCCGCCCUCAUUAACGUCUGAAUCGACCGGCCGUUAAUGCCGUCCAGUGACGUCACUCACUACCCGAAAACCUGGGUAGUGAUUGUGAUUGGUUGAUUGUCUAAACAUUCGCAUAAUUAUGAAUUAUUAUGAAAAAUUUUAACGGGAUUGUCUGUUGAUAUUCAGCGGAUCGCAUCCCUGGCAUUCUUUUGUGUAGUUCAAACAUUAAGGUAAGCUUAAUCUUUAUCUUAAACAGUAAAAUUGCCCUUGUCUUCGAAACUGAAAUGCUAAAUUGAACUGCGAAUGAAGAAUCAUUGCGGAGACUCGGUAGGUUUUUCAUUUAGAGCCGCUUUGUGGUUUCGGCGGCCGGUGAUUUUGUUCAUGCGAAGUUUAAUUUUCUGAGAACAAUGUUAUAAUUCGACCUUCUUGCUUUUUUCACCGUCAAGUGUAAUGAUUCUGUUAGCUUUUCUUUCUUGUUUCCUUGUUCUUUUUCUUCGUUAAGGACCAAAUAGCUUCUUUUCUGCAAUUCAAUUAAAGCAAAUCAUUGUCAGUUUGAACCAAGUGUUCCGUGUGUGUGUUUAUUUCAUUGGGUGAUUGCGACCGAGUUUGCAUGCUGAUUACAGAAUUACAACCGGUUCAGAGUUGUACUGCAUGCAGUUGAUAAUUUGAACGUUAAACAUCAAUUACGAUCGAAAACAAAUAAGGCAAUUCUGUAUCAUGCAGACAUUUCCAAACGAUAUUUCUCGCCAUGAAUUAAAGCAAAGGUCAAAGAGUGGUGACGUCACUGGACGGCAUUAACGGCCGGUCCGAUUCAAACGUUACUGAGGGAGUAGGACUCGAAGAAAUCGGAUGAAAUUCAGGCUAAUGAAAAAAAGGAUUAGUCCAGCCUUGAAUGAAACACAUUUGGCGGCGCGCAUGCUUAUUUUACAGCGUCUGUUAAUCCACUGAAUUUGUGACUGCCGAUUGUUAUUUUUUUUACAGACGACGAACCAGCAUACAUUCACAGUGACUGCUGAAGAUAAGUGUUCUGGCUGUGACUUAAACUUUCGACAGGUAAUCCAAUCACACCUCUUGUAACAGAUCGACAUUCAUAUGUAUAAUUACGGUCUAGAAUUGCCAAUGAGUCGACCGCGAUGAGCGCCAAAGGCUCGAGGGACAGUUAUGAAGGGAGCGAAAACGAGCGACGUAAACCGGAAACUACCGGGCUUAAGAAAGUCUAUAGAGGUAUUACUAUCAGAAAAUGAUAUUAAAUAUCAAUAAUUUUUUACAUCACUAGGCCCAAAGACUGUUUUACCUGAUCGUAUUGGACAUAAACGAUAAUACUCCUGUUUUUGUCAGCACUCCAUAUUUGGCCAGGGUUGCAGAGGUAAGCAUUAUUUUGCUCUAUUUUAUGACGUGGGUGUUAAUGCCAAACGAGAAUAAACACUAGUCAAGACCCUUCUGUGCGGUUUUUACAUGUACUAGGCAAAAAUGUGUUACCACAGCAGGAAAGAGGCCUUAAAAUCAGAAAAUUUUCCAGGAUAUAGCCCUACGAAGUUUCGACACUUUACAGGCGCUUGUAGUAUAAAGCCUCGGGGAGGCGAGUUUGUGGCAGGACCAUUUAAAUGCGAAUAAAAGUUUCCCGAACUCUUUCAGCUAUUGCAAAUGAAUGAUAGACAAAAGUCAAAGACCAUUUAUACAAUGCCCUAAAUCUACCAAGAAACAGUCAUUUCUUACAAAUAUAAUGUUUAGGAUAUGCCAGUGAAUUAGUACGACACUAAAGCAUUCGAGUUUUGCUGGCGUUAAGUUCGCGGCAAAACUUUUGAGAGAAUCGUUAAGGAAGGAACAGAGCGUGAGCAAAUUUACAUCUGGAACCCAAAACUUCCAGAGUAAUCAGAAAGGAGUUUCUGAGGAAAUAUCCGGGAAACGUCGAUCUCGCGAGCGGUCAUACAGGCCAGGAAUUAAAGAGAGAUGGGUGUAUUCUCGACCAAGGAAGUCAAUAUAAGUUUCUAUAUAGCUAUUGCCAAUCCCUCCUAGCCUGGGACGGUCUAAAGCUUUGGGGUAUAUCAAUCCUGGAAAUAACAUGUAAGGGAAUCCGAAUUCCAGAAUCCUGGAAAUUUUUGCAUGUGGAAUCCGGAAUCCUGGGCUUUGGAAUCCGGAAUACAGCUCAAGGAACCCGGAAUCCAAGUUCCAAUGACAAAGACUGGAAUCCAGUACCUAAAAUCCGGAAUCCGUUACGUGGAAUCCAGAAUCCAAGACUGUCCUGGAUUCCCUAGCAUGGGGCGAAACCUACAACAAACCUUUCCUUGAACGAAGGUGCGUCUGGUGCACAGGGUCCAGAGGAGUUUCGUGUGAAUAAAUGAAUUACCUAUUUAAAGUUUCACCUUGAAAAAUGUCUAUACCUGUCGCAUAGCACGAUUAAUUAGCCCAAUGGGAUCUUAAUGAAUCUACUGUAAACGAUUUCUUCGCUUCUUAACUGACCAAGAUCGACUUUGUUGUUCGCCAUUUUGAAAAUCAAUAACCGCAAGCCAUAUCCUUGCUGGCGCACGGAACGUAGCCCGAAGGGCGACCAGGGCACGAAGUGCCGAGUAAAAAAAAGGACAAGGGAGGAAACUUGUGCCACGUGACUUCGUUCGCUGUGAACCGCAUCACUCGGUGACGGAAGUGAAUGAGACCGGAAACGCAAUAGCAACUCGAGAAUCAAAACAUCAGCUGCGGAGGGAGUUUUAAAGAUCUCAGAGAUCUAUGCGAAGGCAAAAGAGUUUUAAUUGAAGUGAAGAUCUUUUAAGACUGGACAUUUGUUGUACAUGUCAACAGUCUUCGAUGUCUUAAGCAGGUUUCGCUUGUGCAAAGGCUUCCCAGUAGUCGCAAAACGCACAACCAAAGACGCAAGAGGUACCACUGUUGGGACCACCGAAGAAUGGCGCAGUCGUGAUGAUGUUACAGUUGCCUUGUACGUGCGCUCUACUCAGUGCCACGUUUUAUUUCAAGAGUACACACGACCUGUAAUCACUAUCCGUAAUAAUUUAACAUUCUCCAAACAAAACUAACGAGCUGGGCCCAGCGUGAUACAGCAUUGCAGAAAAACAUUACCUUCACAUACUAAAGAAAAUCGCUUAGUUAUUCAGAUCUAGAAGGCACUUUGGAGAAAAUUGGAACCCUUAUUCAGCUGUAAUAAAAAGCUUCCACGGCAAAAGAGGUCAAAGAAAAUGCGCUUGCAUCAGAGGGCAAAUUCUGCCGACCAGAAACAAUAACCGCAGUAAAUCGAUAUGUGUCAUGACCUCUCAGUGUGAAACAUGCGGAUAAAAUCACAUUUGCUCAGUGAAAAUGUAGAACUUUCCAGAGCAUGAUCUACCUAGCAGAGGAAAACACUUUGUUGGAAGGAACAGCAUUUUGGCAUGAGGUAAAAGUCGUGUAGGCUUACCAUCCCCUUUUAUUGCUCCGAUCUUGAGCACAUUUACUUUACUAUGUCAUUUCCGUCACCGUCUGUUGCGGUGCACAGCGAACGAAAGCGCUAUCUCGAAGCCGUAAAUUUCGGUCGCCGAAAAUGAAUUUGAACGCUUUUUUAUGCCGUUUUCCUACAGUAUUUGGCAAAUACAUAAGAAUUCUAGAUCGGGUUAGUAAAAUCAGGUGAUUUCAUUCAAUUCCAUUUGAAUUUCAGGAAUUCGAAAAUCGGCCCCAAAUUUGUUUCCUCCCUUUCCGUAUUUUAUACUGUAAGCCGAUCUUGCGAGCCCUCAGUCUCUUGGUUUGCGGUCCAUAGAAUGUGUAACGAAACUGUAACGCGAUCAAAACAACCCGUUUUUUCAGAGGGUUUCGACGGGUUUUGAUGUUCUAACGACAAACACAUCUCCUCUGGACCCUGUGCCUGGUGGAGUCAGUUUAGACGGUGUCUCACCUCUGAAAAUGAAAAAUUAAAACUUUAAAAAACGGGUAGCUAGUAAUCAAUGCAUAAGAAGACUUGUAGACUAGCUGACUCUCAAAUUAGCUUGCUGGAUCUUAACCCUCGGGCGUACAAGAGGGGGUAGGUUUUUCUGAGUUUUUUACUAGAGGAUAAAACAUCAGUACCUGACGUUUUCAGUAGCUGUUCGUUCAUCCCUCGCGCACAUUUUGAGACAAGUUUGGUGACGAUCAGUUGCUAUGGUUACGAGAAAUGACGUCAUAAAUAGCAGGUGGACAAGCCAAUUUUGGGUGAAAAUAUACGUUUUUUCAACUUCUUUCAACAACAAAAAUUAAUCUUGUGGCUAAAAUCAUGCAAGUGCUUAUUUAUGUGUUAUUUUUCAUGUAAAGUACAAAAAAUUAACAUUUCUCGCAGUUUUAACCUGAUUUCUAAUUCUUGGUAAAAUCUAAGAUCGUGACCAUUGUUGAUGACGUCACAGGCUUCCAGCAGCGCCACCACCCCUAAAAUACACCUCAUCUUGUUAAGAAGAUCAAAAGCUUUACACUUAAAGGGGCUAUGUCACCCCACACGCAUGCGCGAGCCAAUGAAAACAAACUUGAAAAAGUAGGCCCGACUUUUUCAAGUUGUGUCGGAGAUUUUGGAAGGCUGUUUUUAUCUGUGUAAAUCUCAGCCAUCGUUCGAUAGUUAGCGAAGUUUUGUAUUAAGAAUCGUUCUAUGGUGAUUACAGAAUAAUUUUUUCGUUUUUUUGAAAUUGUUUUCCUGUGGAAUGUUUUUACGUGGAUUUACUGUGUCCUCUUAUCAGCGGCCGUUGUAAUGGCAGAGUUAAUGACGGCUACUCCACGAGUGAUGGAAUCUUUGAUGGAAUCUUACCUAUAGUUCACAGAACCUUUCUAUUGAGUUAUUUUAGAGGCUGCUGGCUCUUGGAUUUUUCUUGUGCUCAAAGUAUGUGAACAUAUAAUGAAGCGACUAUCGAGUUGGCGGCGGCUGAGUUUACUUUCCCUUUUUAUCAACGGACUGCUUAUAGUGGAGUAGUAUACCAAUGAUGCUUGGUUCUGUUUUUCUCGACGUCGCAGUGAUUCUGCACGAUCGAACAAUUUUGCGCGAUAAUGUAUGUUUCCCUAAGAUCAAAACAAAGACUUGAUGUCUCUUGUUCUAUCAGCAUCUAAAUUAUAAAAUCACUAGCGACAGACAAGUCUAAUUGUUAAUGAUUUGAAACAGUCUUGGUCUUUAUCUUCGGUCUAGCGUCUUUUGUAGUUCGUUUGUAAAAUACAACUUCGAUCAGCCUGUUCGAUUUAUUUUGUUGAAUAAGACAAUAUGUUGUUGUUGAAUUUUUGUUUGCGCUCUAUUUUAUAAAUGGCAUGCGUUUUUACUUCAAAACUACAAGUAAAAUUGUCGUCACAAUUUUAUUCUUGAUCUAGCAUAACCAGAGAAAAAACGUUCCGUGAAUUCUAUCGAAAUAUCCCUUAUCUAAACCCAUUUCGCUUGUUAACCUCUCUAAAUUCGAAGCCUUGGACGUGACAGAGAACAUGGAGAAAGUCACGCGUUAAAAACAAUAGAAUUUUGACAGUUGAAAUUAAUUUGCAUAACCUCAGAGCGCACAUGGAGAAAGUCACGCGUUAAAAACAAUAGAAUUUCGACAGUUGAAAGUAAUUUGCAUAACCUCAGAGCGCAUGCUCUCCAGCUGACAUAGCCCCUUUAAGGUAAAAUCAUUUCAAAAUACUGCAACAUAUCAAAAACUACGGGAGCGGCUCCAUCAAGCCCCCAGCCCCCCCCCCCCGCUUGUACCACGGUGAGGGCAUGAAUUUGCGUGUACGUCCGAGGGUUAAAGCGGCAAGAUCUAGAAACAGUUAAAUACUAAUAAUAUUUUUCAAUGCUGUUUAUGUUUUCUUAGAAUCAGACUGUCGGUCAUCUUGUGAUUCAAGUCAAUGCUCUCGAUAACGAUCUUGGACAGAAUGCGCAAAUAUCUUACAUGUUCAGCUCUCAAACAAAGGUAAGAGUUGCUGAUGUAUUAUGAAUUAUUUUGUCUACCGUAAAUUCAAUACUAAGGGUGAUUUUAUUUUAUCUUACACAAAUAUUAUUUUAAUUUUUAUGUUAAUUUUUAUAAUUAAUUUUUUUGAAUUUUUGAUUUAUUUUUGAUUUUUUUGAUUUUUGAUUUUAUUGUUUUCAUCGUAAACACGUACUCAAUAUAUACUCUCCAUGAAGUUACUUGCAGCUAUGUCGUAUUCAUUUGCAUCUCCUACAGUAAGAGUUACCAACUAAUUGUUUCAGCAAAAUGCAAUUUAGUUAUGAGCAAAAUUUUAAGCCUAAAAUCCGGAUAAAAUUGAAAACUGAUAAAAGCUUUCGGCCUUAAAUGAAGUCCGGUUCACUGCUUCUUCUGUCGCCGAAGUAGUAAACAGGACUUCAGUUGGGGUGGAAAGUUUUUUUAUUAUUAGUUUUCAAUUUUAUCCGGAUUUUAGGCUUCAAAUUUUGCUUUAUAGAGUGGCCAGUGGAUGAAUCUACACAAGUCUGCUAUUACUUCUUUAGCUAACCUUCCUAUUUUGGUUUGUCUUUAAAGGGCUCAGUUAAUCCGUGGAAGGUUAGCACAUCUUUUGCUUUACUUCAGUUUUGGAUGCUUUUAUCUCAAUCUCUCUUCUCUUCUAUUCUCUGCCCAACUCUCUUGUGACCCAUUAUUAGAUCAUUCUGGUCACGGUAAACUGCACUCAUGUUUGCAAGUUAGGUCGCUGUUCAUCUUGGCUCAGCUUCUCCUACCAGUUUUCCUCUAAGAACAUAGCCUGUGAGAGGAACCACGACCUUUUACGGUUUUUCCCAAAGGAAGGGGUGCGACUAUCCUCAGGUUACCCGAUACGGUUAGAUAGUAUUUUGAGCGGUGCAUGACAUGACGAUGGCAGUGUUCAAAGGUUUUCGUUUCACUGGAUUCUUCUCGUUGAUUUCUUUCUGCCAGCGGAUAAAAGCGAAGAAUUAGGGACAGUCCAUUUAGAAAAGUUAAGGUGUUGAAAGAGGCGUGGCGGAGACGAAGUAUAAAAAAAAUAUUCGCGCAAGGGAAAAUCCUAUGAAAAAAUUCAAACACACUGAGUAGCCCUUAAAAAUGUUUCCGCGUUGACCAAAAAAAAUUCUUGCUUGCAUUGGGAAAUCUUAACAAAACAAACUUUAUGCGGCUCGCAAAUCCUUCUAACUUUUCUAAUGGUCCGCCCCUUAACUAUCAGAUAGAACCGAUUUGAAAUAAACAAGUAAAUAACUAAUCGUAAUUACACAGAAUUAGCCAGUUGCGAUAAAGUUGUUAAAUACAGGGACUUAGUCAGUUACAAGGCUACUCGACGAUUGGCAAUUCGUAGAUUUACAUUUUACGCAGCGUUUAUUUAGUCAAAUAGAAUGGAAGUAGAAAUGGAGCGCAAAUAAAGCAAAUCCAUUUUGAUCAAUGUGCAAUUGCACUUGUUAACGUGUGUGUCCUCAACUGACUGACUCAACUUAUCAUGAGACGAGGUUAAUCGAAUGUCCAGAAGAGACUUGACACUUACUUUUACUGGGCAUCCAUCUCUUACCAUUUGAAAACAAUUUCACUUCCUUUUGUUUUGCAGACUGACACUUUUGCAAUAAACAACCACGAUGGCAGAAUCACUCUCAAUGGUCCCCUUGAUUUUGAGAAUGAGCAGCGCUAUACUUUGUUUGUUACUGCAAAGGUAAGCCGACGAAUGCUAUAAAAUUUGACGUUCGUUCACAUGCAUGAGAGAGAUUUAAGUGAUUAUAGUUGAUAUCCGAAUCAAUUUUUAUACUGAAAACGAAUUAGACUUCUCAUAAUAAAAAUUUGUAGUCUUAAAUCCGAUGUUCAGAUCAGACAAAUGUUGGGUCGAAUAGAAAUUCAACCUCAGCUAAAACCGUUUGCCAUGUUGACAGAAAGGAUUAUUCAUGUCUAAAUAAUACCUAGAAACGUCAGUGAAAUUUGCAGACAACAGGCAGCUCGUCCUAAUUUGCCGUGCAGUAUACCUGGGCGAAUUAUUUGUCUCUUCAAUGGACACUGAUGUCGUGUUUACAUUUUAGCUUUUACCAAGGUAAAAGUUUACUAAGGUCAAGUUACUUAACCUUGGUACAUUCGUCCAGUGUUUACACUAGCUCAAAUAAAUCAGGUUGAUCUGUCAACACUCCCGCUAUCUGCAUUAUCCACGUUAUGAAAUCGAACUGGCGGGAAAUUCUAAAACCAUGCUCGCUUCAAGAAGUAAAUUGGUGGCUGUUGUGGCCAUUGGUUUUUCUUUCUUAAUUCAAGAGCUGCAAACAGAAACGUCAAGAUUUCGUAAGAUGUUGAUGUUAUAACACCUCAAGAGGUCGAGGCGAAAGCGGAUGGUGGUGAUGGUGCGUGGGCAUGGCCGCGAAACCAGUUCUGGUUUGAGAGCCUUUUACAAGGAAAUUUCGUGUAGGAUAGGUGGAAAGAAAAUUUCAGGAUAUCAAGGCGUUCAAUCAUUCUCUGACUUCUCUGUUAUCUGCCAUGAUAGAAACGCUUGGCCGAAAACGUGACAAUCGCACGAUCUGCUCACCGCGGGAUGUGACAUAUUACACCGCCACAAGUGGAUAUAUCUGUCAUCUUGACCUUGGUUACCAACUGUAACCAUGCCUGAUCACAGGGUAAUUACAACUUUUACCUUGGUCAAAUUUCUUUUGUCUUUUGCGGCAUUUACCAAGGUAUCAGUUAGCGUUUACACACGAAAAUUGUUUACCUAGGUAAGUAAACUCUCGUACCUCAGUAAAUCGUUCAAGUCUAAACACGGCAUGAUUCGUCUAUGCAGAUAUCCCUUUGCUAAGUAUAACAACUUGGUGCCUCAAUGCCUGAUGGUUAGAUAGAUUGUUUGAUUGUUUGAUUGAUUGACGAAUUGAUCCUGUUGUUGUCACUUAGGAUGGCGGGAGCCCCGCUCGGCAGUCGGAAACAACAGUCAUAGUCGACGUUUCUGAUGUUAGCGACAAUCCGCCCAAGUUUCUAAGAUCUAUUUACCUUGAAGAAAUCUAUGAAAACAAGGCCAAGGUAAUUUUGGCACAGUGUAUAAGAUAGCCCAGUGACUGUUAGAUCCUGCCUGGCAUUCCAUCUCUGUUAUCAGCAGCGCACAAUUUAAAGUCCACCUAAGAUCAACUAGCAUCCUUUUUGCUGGAGGAAUAAUUAUGUAGAACAUAGUUAUAUUUAAUCUCUUCUUUGGACAACGGGUUUUGUUAGUUUACGCUUUGACGCCGGCUGCGGCACGCGUACAUGACUUGGUGUACUUUGGACAAGUGAAACUAGCUGUGUCUCUAUAUUUUCCAGGGAUCCAUGGUUAUGGAAGUGGAGGCGGUCGACGGAGAUGCUGGUGUUGGCAACGAGGUCUUUUACGAAAUAAUUAGUGGUAAGUUAAAUCACAACACCUUAGAAAUAAGAAGGAUCCGUGAGCUGCAAUAAUCUGGUGCGAUGUGGUUCAACGCAUUUUUUUCUCCAUCAUUCAAUCUGUUAGAUUCUUAAAUCUUCAAGAUAAGUAGUUGAUGAUCCAGCUCCAGAAUAUUCAAGGAAAUUGAAACACCGUUAGGUCAAGUCAACGAAACACUGCAAGUAAUGGAUUUUAAAGUAUUAAAUCAUCUUGCAAAAUAAGUACUCUUCAAGAUCCUUGCUAAAGGGUAUGACUCUAAUCGUUUUUUUUUUCCUUUCACUCUCAGGUAACGAUGACGGAUUGUUUGCCAUCGACCGAAGCACAGGUAACAUCACUGUAAAUGGCACAGUGGAUGCUGAGAGGACUGAUUUCUUUAGGAUCACUGUUCGAGUAAGUUUUGACUCAGUUCACUGUAUGAUUCCGGCCAGCCUCAGCAACUCCUCUAAUUAUGGUCAGGGUUGUUACAGACGCCCAAUUUCGCAGAGAGCUUUCCAGGCACCUACUAAGUAACUCGAAACUAACAAUAGAGCGGGUGCCCAUUGCAAACGUUUCUUCUAGCAAACUGAUUAAAGUGUUGGUCUGAGUUUCAAUUAUAAUAACGAACUGCAGGCAAAUAGCCUUUGAUAAUCUCUGAAAGGGUAAACGGGUGUUGAGAUUUGCUUUAUUUUGGAAUGGGAAAACAAGACUUGAUUAAAUCUCAUCCACCAUAUGAACGGGAUUUGAUACAAACAUUAAACAAGGCAGCGGGAGUAGAUCUGGAAAGAUUGUCCGAGUAAUCAAAAUUUGUUCUUCCCACUUUUCUAGAUGCUGUCUUAAAAUUUGUGUUUUAAACAUCCUUGAGUUUAAAAUAAAUGUACAGAAGAUCCUCGCAGUUAAAUUUGUAAGAAAAGCAGUUGCGGAAAGAAAGCCUGAAAAAUAACAAUCAGGUUUGCCGCGAUUCAAACCCUGACUUUGCUAUAUCGGUGCAGCUGAUCCCUAACCUAUUAACCCUGCACGCCAACCGGGGGUUUGUCAUCAAAUUGUUUCGUAAUACACCAUGGGAAGAAGACGAUGUAAUUCAUACCAAUAAUUAUUAUUUCACCCUAAAGGGAGUGCUUUGUGCUCACCUUGGCAGGAAAAAGGAGUCUUCGAGACACGGGCUCUCCCCAGCUUUGCCAUACUGAUGAGCCCCAUGGCUAAUAAGGGCGAAACAGCUGUCCAUGGCUGCCACUGCCAGGGUGAUAUGGCUCUGCGCAUGCGUGAAGUACUGGCCAGGCCGUUAGUUGGUGAAUGUGUGCCCUUGCUUUAAGUUUGUCUUUCACCCUUAAGUUCGCUUUUGUUUAUCAAACAGGCAUCGGAGGUAGUUGAUCCAUCAUCGAAUUCUACCGCUGUUGUGUUGAUAACCGUUCUGGACAAGAACGACAACCCACCCACGUUUUUAAAGGACAGCUACCGCUUCGCAAUCAGAGAAGACCUAGCUUUACCUGGUUACAUGGUAACAGAUCAAUUAAAUGUGCAAGAUAAGGAUAUCAACGUAAGUACAAAAUAGAAAGAGAAACCAAUACUUAUUCAUGAGAGAUUUCGGAUGAUUACCCGGCUUGUAAUUAAAGGUGCAUCGUUCUUGUUCGAUCACAGAAUAUGGUGGCCAUGAAUAUUUAGCCUCCGCGGACAAACAGAUCAGAUCUAGGUGACAAGAAUGGAUUCGCUAAGUAAUCAAUCAAAUUAUAUUAUAGAGUGUUUUCACUCUCGUGGCCAACAUCUAUGUAAACUUAUUGGACCAAAAGAAAGAGUUUACAUAAGAAAAGAAUUCAACUCCCACAGGAUUGGUUUGAAAUACCAACAUGACCGCCGUUUCAGAGAUUUAGGGCAUCAAUAUUGUGAACGAGACUUCAUACGAAAACGCUUUAUAGUAAUCAAAGAUUGCAGAAUGAUUAAACGACUAGUCAAUUAAUGUUGUUUACCCUCGGCAGUAUUUAUAGCACUAAUGCCAGUGGUACCGAGCAAAUUCCUGAAACAAGUAAAUUAAAUCAAACAUAAACGGGUUAAGAAUCCCAACUGGCCGUAUCGGAGGCGAACGAGUUGGCUAUUUGCAAGCGUGGUCGAGGAUUUGAACUCGGGACCACCGAGAACAAAUCCAGCUAGCGGACAUUAUUCCCUUCUUCAAAAUCUGGGAUGGAGAUGCUUGCUACGUGUCUCAAGAUCACCGAUUGUCAUUUCACUCCAAUUCUUAGGAAUGUUUUCCGCUAUUUCGAACGCGGGGUUAUCCAAUUAAUCCUUGCGGUCUUUGGUGGGCAUUUUUUUUUUUUAAUUUUACAGUAAAUUAUAAAGCUGUGAACAAAGAGGUUUGCUAACGUUGGUUCAGCUUCGCUUAUUGUUAAGUUCUUGAUACAAUAUGGUAGGAACGUACUGAUUGAACCAGCGUGCUCAUGUAAAACAUUUUUUCCUUGUCUUUUUUGCCACAUUGGUGAUGAUAUGAUUAUAAGCAUUUCGUUUCAAACCUAGUGAGCGCUACUACGAUUAUUCAAUUUUAAAAUCCUAAGCCAUGUUAUGGUUACUUUUUUCCUUCAGCCUCAAAACCGUCGCUUCUCAUAUUCGUUGUCUGGCAAAGACAGUACCUACUUCAAAAUCGAUCCAUCAUCUGGACUUCUAAAAAUUAAUGCCACCUUAGAUUAUGAACAGGAAAAAUCCAAUUAUUCGUUCGAGGUAAGUAAAUGUACGAGGACGCUUUUAGAAGUCUGAAAUAUUCAAGAAGCCUUUCAGUUCAAAAUUGCAAUUUCAACCUCUCUAUUUGGAAGUACUUUUGUGUGUUUUUUUAAUUAAUUAUUUCCAUUUUUAUACCGCCAGGACAAAAAAAUUAGGCAAAUCGGUCUUGCAACCGGUCUAGCCAAGUUUUAUUUGGCGGAAAGGGCAGCAGUGGGAGUUGCGGACUCUCUUUCUGUUAGUUAUUGAAUUCACUUUAGGGUUAUACAAGCUACAUAGCAGCUCUUUCCCUCCACAGAACCUUAAAAACAGUAACUUAUAUUUUCAUCAUGAAACGAGCGUUCGGCCUUCAUAGUGGUGGGGACCACCCCUCAACUCCCUUACCUUCUACAAUGCAUAUAGUUAGGCCCAAAGUCUAUGUUUUUUUGGUCAAAGAAAUUCGUUAUAAUGAGAAAGUUUAUGUGUCUUGAUAACGUCAAAAAUUCAAAGGACUCAGUGCCAUCUUAGGUUUCCAUCCUGGUUUUGUUAAUAAGUUCCUUGGGUAAUUCGGCGUGGAUACCGUAAGAUCUUCUUGAUUCCAUCAUUCUUUUUAGGUAUUUGCGAACGAGACAGAAACCUCCGAGGUGCUGUGGGGUGUCGCCUAUAUCACAGUUGAACUAAUCAAUGUUAACGAUAAUGAGCCUGCAUUUAGUCAGACUUCCUACAACUUCACUUACGAUGAAGAGAUCCCAGUCAACUUUGCCAUUGGAGCCGUGACAGUAGGUUUUCUUUAACUGUGAACUGAAUAUAGGCUCUCUUAGUCUGAUUGAGGUUAACUGUGCCCAUUUUACGUAUCAUUUAUCCAGUAGCUUGAGUAUUCCUAUAUCGAUAGCGCUAAGAACUCAGAUGAGCACUUCCAAAUACCGUUCCACAGCUUAAUUUCUGCCGGUGUUGAUGGUCACUUGUCAUGUGUCAGAAAUCGGCCCUGCGUUAAAGUUGGACAUUCAUGGUCUUUUCUUCCAAGUAGGAACACUUUCAGAAUUUGAUAAGACCGAACCGAUGAAACCAUGCCUGGGUGACUUAAAAAUUUAGGGGUACACAGUCAAGUACAUUUGUCUUAUUUGGAGAGAGGACCCGACGACAUUUGAGUAGAAAAAAGUCGUGAAUAAACAGAAAAAAAAAAGCUACUUCCUAUAGAGAACAUGUUUCUAUUGUUCCUCAUUAAUAUAGUCGUUCUGUUGUUCAUGUUUCAGGCUACAGAUGCUGAUCUCGGUUCAUAUGGAGCGAUAAUCUAUGAACUGUAUGGAAAUGACGCUUCAAGGUAAAAAUCCAUUAUCAGCAGCAUUGGUGAACAACAGAAGAUUAAGCAUUAAAGGUCGCUUUUUGAUGGUACAUGCCUCUAUUUUGUAACAGUUAAAAAGUUAACUAAUCUCUAAUUCUUUUUAUUAGUUUCACAGUAGACGUAAAUGGUACCAUCAAACCAUCGAAGGUAUUGGACUACGAAAACAACAAGAUGCUCGAGUUCUUCAUGCUGGCCAAUGACGGCGGAAGAUUUUUUGACGCAAGCAAAAAUUACGCCACUAAAAUACGAGUGUUACUCAGAGACGUUAACGAUAACAACCCGGUGUUCUUGAACGCACCCUACACUGUCAGUAUCAUGGAAAACCAGACAAACAUUGUGGUGUAUCAGGUAAGUAAAACACAUUCGUUACAGUAAAUGGCCUCGGAGUAACCUUGUGGACAAUAUCGCGAGGUACGAAGUUUCUUCGCACCAUACAAACGUCUGUAAAAUUCCGCGACUUUUCGGUGCUGGAUCUUCGUUAGAAUAAAGUUCACAAUAGGCAUCUUUACUGGUUUUAAGGCGUUCUUUCCAUCCGUCGGAUGAUCACAUACUGGUCUCACUCAAAGUUAAAAAAACCGUGGAUGUAUCUACUAUCUCCAUAAGUAAUGAGGAGCGAUGGUGAAAAGUGAUAUGGUAAAAACAAAUCUGUCCGUUCAGCCAAGCUUUCUUUUCAUCUCGCGAUGUCUUCACAGCAAUUUUUUCUUCAACUUACCGAAUACAAAGAAUUAAUGGUACAUUUGUAAAAAUUCCAGCUGAAUAACAGUGUUCUCUUUCCCUCUGUUGCUAGGUGUCAGCAUCAGAUUUGGAUAGUGGAGACAACGGAAGGGUAAUAACUUAUAAAUGACCCAAUUCCCUACCUGCAUGUACUCUAACGUUUUUAAUAUAACUCCGCUCGCCCAUGUUAACUCGCGCUAUUUGUCACAGCGAAUCAAUUAAACUAAUCACUCCUUGCAAUGGAGAGGGUGAAAUCGAAUAUUAAAUAUACUUUACAGUUAUUUCGAUGAGGUCUUUUCUUUUGAGUCAACGGUCGCGACGAAAUGCGUUAGUUCGUGUUAACGUGUUCUUGGCCUAAAGCGAGGUAUUUUCCACUCUUGAUAUACUACUAAUGAUAAUCUUCUCCUUAUUUGGCAUGUUCAGGUGUCCUUUAACAUAACAAGUGGAAAUAUUGGAAAUACGUUUGCAGUUAAUGCCAGCGGAGUUGUCACAACGUUAAAGAUCCUGGACCGAGAAACCGUCUCAUCUUAUUCACUAACAGUAAGAUCGUUUAUGCAUUGCCAAUUUUAAACCACAAUCCAACAAUUCGCCUCUUGCGCACAAGGUUCCCAAAAUGCACAUUUUUUGCCUCUAAAAAUUUUGCAUGAGCAUAAUGUCUUCAUUUCUCUUGGGAUGACAGUAACACCAAGGACAUAUUUAAAAAAAUGUUAUAGAAUUUUUGUGGGGUGGGAAAAAAUCGUCUUACGGCAGAUGUGCGAAUGGCGAAUGCACAGCAAGAAUUUACCAUUUCAUGUAUUUUCAAUUCCCUGGUUGAACCUCUAUAAAGAGCCAUUCUUCUUAUCUUUGCUAUACUCUAAUCUUUCUUUGUCUCCAUAACGUUUUGUUGGCUAUAUUAAUUGAUGUGAGCAAACGUUAAUGACUGUUUUGGUGAAUACAGAUAAUGGCAUUUGACCAUGGAAUCCCUAGUCGAAACACAACAACAAUUUUGAUAGUAACCGUAUUGGAUAAGAAUGACAACCCACCCGUCAUCAACGGUGGUGCUUAUAUCACCACAAAUAUAAGUGAGGUAAGUUUAAAUAUGAUUACAACAUGAAUAUUAUGCUUUUUAUGACGGGCUGAUGUUAGUGCAGAUUUAACAGUGAUGGUCGUACGGGGUAUUUUUGUGAUGAGUCUUCCUUGACCGCGCCAUUGGCCUGCAUGAUAAUUGUGCUGACAAUAAAUGAAUACUUCUUAAGGUUCAUUGUUAAUCUUGAUUAACACAACAGUGAUUAGCAUACUCUUUUUUUUUUUCGUUUUUUACCGGUGUGAAAAAAAGAGUUAAGUUUAACUUUGAAGCAGCAGUAAGCAAAACAAGUAAUAGGAAAGGUCGAAUAAAUUGCUCAUGUUAAGUUCGCGUUAGCACUAUUCUUGAAAAGAAGGACCCUUAAAGUGGCAUUCAAUAGGUUAAUGGACUGGACAUUUUUUUUAACCCUAACAACUGAUCAAAAGAUAUUGCAACAGUACAGCCAUUUUUAGCCGCCUGCUCGAGGUGUUCACCUUGUAUAGAGCGGGCAAAAAAUAGAGCGACCGAAAAGGGGGGGAUUAGGGAAAGCGACAAUUUCCUCUCCCCUCUCUUGCUUUACCCAGGUACCGUGAUUAAGAGCUAGUACUUGAUACUUUUUUCAGGCUGAUGGAGGUGGAACAGUUGUUUACAGACUGCAAGUUUCAGAUAAGGAUGAAGGCAGUAAUAAGAUUCUGACUUAUGCUAUGAUUUCUGGGCAUAAUGGGCAGUUCAUCUUGAAUAGCAACACAGGAGUUCUACGAAUCGCACCUACAGAACUGGAUAGGGAGCUUCAUUCCAGCUACAAUAUUACCAUAAAUGUCACAGACGGUGGACAACCAACACUUUGGGUGAGUAUAAUUUUGAAACGUCACUUGCAUUAAGAUGACCAAAUUUCUCGAUAAAUUAAGGGAAAGAGCUAUUAAUAUCAGUGUCGUCCUAUGCGUUUUACAUUGAGGCAGUUGUUUGAUAACGGGAGGCUACAAGACUCUGCUUGCUGUUAUUUUUAUGGUGACUGUCUUCUUCAACUUAUACUUCAAACCAACUUAACUAAGUAAAUCAAAUACUUGAUAAGCAAUACCAAUGCUAUUUCUAAUAUGUAUGAACGGAUAUUCCCGAACCACACUAAUCUUUCGUGGGAUCGUCGCUUCCGAUCGUACAGUCAGUUGCCGCAACAUGACUGAGCUAUGAUAGUCUUUCUUCCUUCAUUCUUCCUAUUUUUGCCAUUGAUAAGUAAUGCCUGAUCAUUGCAACCCUAGAACACUGGGCGGCUGAUUCAAUAUUACCCAUAUUUUUCACAGGAUUCCACAGUGCUACAUGUCACCAUCCUGGACAUUAACGACAAUUCUCCUGAAUUUGAACCUAGCCCUUCCGAGUCGCUUUCAACUUACAUCAAGUCUAUUGACGAGGGUCCAGACAGUGUAGAUUCCGUGGUUAUUGAUAUCAAUGCAACUGAUAAGGACUUUGGCUCAAACGCCGAGAUCAGGUACUCGAUGGCAGGGGAUAACCAUGGAUACUUCCAGGUGGAUUCUAUCACGGUGGGUUUUGUACAGUUUUCAUACUAAGUUAUUAGAUACUUUCGCCAGAACCCUGGUCUAUAUAACUUGCCUUGCAGACGAAAUUUGACCACGGUUAGAAACGUCUGACAAGCUAAGCAGCGCCGAUUUUUUUAUUCUGAGCCCCCAAAGGACUUAAUGAACUGCGGAAACAAUUUUCGAAUUUCCCUUCAACCUGAUUGGCAGUUCGACAAAGGGUUUUUUUAACAGGCCAAUCAUAGCACAUACUCAAAUCCUGGUACACAGGUAGGAACCCGGAGCAAGGAUUUCGGCUCUGUGGGGCAGGCUAUAGUCCAUAAUGAACUUCUCUGUGAGUACCUGCGGCCGUCCUUUUUUGUCACGCGUUUUCUAUCAAAUCUUCCCCUUUUCAACAAAAAUCUUUGCUCAUCAAAAACUGUUUUGCGCGGUAACCCUAGUUCCUGCAACCACGACGAAGAGGACGGAAAAGAAAAAAUAAAUAAAUGAAAUAGGUCUAAUUAACAAUUAUUCCACGAGGGCGCGUUGGAUAUGAGAUGAUAGAUAGCCAACGAGGGGCGUAGCGCCGAGUUGGCUAUAAUCAUCUCAUUUGUUAUUUCCAUUGUUUCAGGGCGUACUAAGUGUAAAGAAAGUCUUGGACAGGGAAAACUCGGAGAUGACUUUGGAUGCAGGAGGAAGGGGAGUGUUUUCUUUAGACAUCACGGCCACUGACCAGGCUUUACCUAAUAAUACACGAAAAUCAUCAACCGUACGGGUAAGAUAAAUGGCAGUACCGUAAAAACUAUUGACUUGAAUCUACAUAUCAAUAUUAAUAGUGAUAACUCAAAGAAUUUACAAAGUAAAAUCCCGAGUGGGUGACUCGGGGGGGGGGGGGGAGCGUGAAAAAUGCAACGUUAGUCGGUUAAAACCACAAAAAAAAGAUGAAAUAUUUUUUCCGAAAUUUUAUAAAUUAAACUAAUUGUUUCUUUUUUUUUAAAAUAAAUUUUUUUUUUCUUUUUUUUUCCGGUUCCCAGUUACAGUAAAAAAACCACGACAUCGACAACACUAACCAAAAAAAAACAAAAAAAAAACCAACCGGAGAGGAAAAAAAAAUGAGAAACAAAAAAAAAAAAUUUAAGUAAAACAAAAAAAAAAAAAAAAAAAGAAAAAAAAAAAAAAUUUAAAAAAAAAAACCCGGGUGGGGGUGUGGGGGGGGGGGGGGGGGAUCGUGAAAAAUGCAACGUUAGUCAGUUAUAAUCAGCAGAAAAAGAUCUAAUAUUUUUUCCGAAAAUUUAUAAAUUAUACUAAUUCGUUCUAUUUUCUUAAAAUGAAUGUUUAUUUUCCUUAUUUUUCCAGGUCACAGUUACAGUUAACGACAUCAAUGACAAUACUCCUCAGUUUGUUGAUCAGCCCCAAUACACUCAAAUUAGCGAGGCCGCUCGACCUGGAAGUAACGUGAUCCAGGUAUCCGCAUCGGAUAAGGAUCUGAGUUUUGCCGGCAAAGUUGUGUACAAUAUCACGGACGGAAACUCAGAUGGUAAGGGCCUGCUAUCAUAGUGUCCAUCUUAACUAGUUUAAAACACAAGUAUCGUAAACUUCAUGCUUCGACUGUUACUCAACAUGUACGUUUUCAACAAUAAAAGUUACCCAUUAGUUCGGAUAUCCCGUUGUCAGUUUUUUUGGAAUGAGUUUCCAUUGUUGUUCCAUUGUUCUCCCUGCUUCGAAAACUGUUACUAUUGAAAAUGUAUGACAUAUGAAAUGUCAAGCUGGAAUCCCUGAUUAGGAUGCUUAUUACUGCUGUUCGUCAGCUUCAUAUAUUUAAUAACGUUACGUGAAUUUUCUAUUAAAUUUCAGAAGCUUUAAAUAUAAAAAAAACAACUACAAUUUAGAAACAUAAUUUCUUACAUCUGGCGUAAAGGGGGACCAUAAGUUUGGCGUUUGUGUCGGAGAACAUGGACUGUUGGAAAGAACUUACUAACUGGUCUUUGACAGCUUUAAUUCAUCUAGCCGAUUAGUUUUAUAUAUUUCCCUUAUAAAGGACACUUUCGAUCUAUCGUGAAAAACUUCUCUUCAGCCCCGUUAUUCUAUCAUUCUACAGGGCAGUUUGAAAUAUCCCCAAAUGGAUAUAUCCUAGUGAAGAAAGCACUCGAUGCGGAAGUGAAAUCUGUGUUUAACCUGACAGUUGAGGCAAAAGAUGAAGGGCAACCAAGGAGGUUUAAUAUUGUAAGUUUUGAACCAAGCCGACAAAUUGCAACAAAUUGCAAAGACUAGCACUAUUGCAGCUAUUGCAACUUGUAGUUCUUUCAUCGAUCUGUAGAGAAAUAUACUAACAACGCACAGCACUAUAAUGCAUGAAUGAGUCAAUACUGAUUAAUUGCUGAGUCAGGCGCUAGUCAAGUAUAUCCAGCUUUCCUUAUAAGUGAGCUUAUAAAGCCCACUGGCAUUGCACGCUGCUAACUAAAGGCAUUUAGCUUAUGCAUAUAUUCCUUUUUUUCAUUCAGACUGUUGUUACCAUCAUGAUCGAUGACGUUAAUGACAAUGACCCAGUUUUCAACACGUCAUCGUACGUUGCCAACGUGAUGGAAAAUUCCAACACGAGCACAAGUGUUGCAACAGUUUACGCAAAAGAUCAGGACCAAGGAGAAAAUGGUUACGUGACUUACAAGAUCACCGGUGGAAAUACAGGAGGCGUUUUUCAAGUUGACAAUCAGACUGGAGUGGUUUCUGUUAAGGAUUCAAUUGACAGGGAAAGGAUUAGCGAAUAUUCGCUCACUAUUCAGGCGGAAGAUGGUGGUCAUCCCUCUAGCAGAAAGGUGUGGUUUAACAUGCAUCCUCUUCGAAAAUCUCUAGUUUACCAACACAUCAUAUCGUCUUUGCCUUCGCCAUCCUGUUUAUCAUUGUCUUUCAUUCCUUUGUCCAGUUAUUCAGUUUUUAGUACUUCUUGAUGUAAUAUCAAAAGAGAUUUUAUUUUUAUCAUUUCAAUCUACUCUUUAUUUCACCCAAUACCAUUUUCACACAAUACCAUCAGAUAGAGAAUUAGAUCUAAAAUCACUCUUUUUGUAAUUGACGUUUUCGAUAUAUCAUAACAUUCUAAAUUGUUAAUGUUAAAUACGUCAUAAUAUCAUUUGUUAUCUCAGGCGUUUGCAGACCUGGUAAUCAAAGUUCUUGAUGAAAAUGACAAUCCUCCACUGUUCCAAGAACUUUCGUAUGAAGCAGAGAUUGCAGAAAACUCAAUAGCAGGAACGACUGUUCUACCUGUAAGUAACACAUUACGAGGGAAUCUUCCGAUUUCAAAGGCAAGUUUUUUCACCAGUAAGUCAAGUUUGGACAGAACCUGCUGUCUACAAUUGUUUACGAGCUUCUUACUGGAGCUUGCACACUUUUACGAAAAUCACAAUGCGCGGAAUUUUAAAAGGACGAACUUAACAUCGUUCCUAUCCUGACAAAUCACAGUCUGGUCCUUUUGAAACGAACUGAUGGCUAUCUAGUUCUGACUUAGUGUCAAAAACUCGAGAAUGUUUAUGAAGUAAAUUUAACAAAUGGAAAGAAAUGUUUCUACUUGCUUUCCCUUUAAUGUGGUGAUGCAACAUGAUGCUUGCAACAUGUAUCAACGUGCAACUCAAAUUUGCUUCUGGUUUUUUGGGAAAAAUAACUAUUGAAGUACCGGAUGCUGAGGGCGAGGCUGAGAAGAGCCUCAGUAAAAUGAUUAAUAAAAUUAACCUAACAUGUAAUUACAACGUUUUUAUAUAGUCUAAAGCCCCGCCACUGGGCCUAUACAUCUCCGCUCACUUGUUGAACAGCUGAUGCAAUUUAAUUUGUUGUUACGUUCUACUCAUUGCAGAAGGUACCUGUGAGUGCUACGGACGCAGAUCAAGGAAUGAAUGCUAAGAUAACAUUUUCACUAGAAGGUAAGCUUGGUUCAUUGAUUUCUUGACACUUUUCAGUUUAUUGAAACCAAGUAGUAAAGGUGACCAAGGUCUUCACGGUUAAAUUUGUGUUGGAACUGCUAUUUCACCAAAGAUGACGCGACUUGAUCUUUAUACAAAUUAUCCCCAUAUAUGUCAAAAGAAAUGAAUGGAAAACGGUGUGGAGAGUACAUGUAUUGAUAUUAGCUCUGAAGAGUUACUUGCCUGGUCUUUCGUUCUUUUUAAUGCGAGUAUUCUCAGUCCAACGAAACGCUAUUGACUACCUGUCAAUUAUACGAGUUAACGUUCAUCGAUCUCGCGCUUUCUUUUCAACGUGUUCACUACAGUAAAACCCCGCGACCAAGAACCUGGAUUCUUACUCGCGGGGUUUUACCGCUGGUUACAACCUAGCAGUGGUUUAUUCUAUUUCCUUUUGCACAGGUCCUGGAUCCGAUCUUUUCGAAAUCAACUCAACAACGGCGGUUAUAACCUCAAGCUAUAACAACUCUCUUGACCGAGAAACAAACGGCACUUAUUACUUAACAAUAAGGGCUAAAGAUGGAGGCAACAAAACAUCUACUGUCCCACUGGUAAUCAGGAUAACAGAUGUCAACGAUGAGCUUCCCCGGUUCAGUGAGCAAGUGUAUUACGCCAAUGUAUCCGAGGACGCUGUUCGUGGCACCACGGUCCGGAGGGUAACAGCCACGGACCUGGACUCUUUGGUUUUAAAUAAAGAGAUCACCUACACCUCUACUGGAGCGGAUGCUAAGUUUUAUAUCAACAGAGCCACAGGUUGGUCAAUAGAAUUUAGUUCCAUUGUAUAUAACGUUGGGUGUGAUCGAACAAAAAAGAGUGUUAUCAAGCCUGUUUGACAAAAAAGACGCAACCUAGUGCCUCUAAGCCUUGAGCCCCACCCUCCGUUCUUCCCUUAUGCCCAGAAAUGCAAGCAAAGGCGCAAACGGCAAAUCUGGCCAAAAAAUGGUCAGAGGAUUGGCAAACAGUACGAGAUGAUGCGUGCAGUUCUGAACAUAUAUCUCAAACUUAUUGCAUGAUCCUUCAAAUAAACUCUUUCCGGCAGCGCUCUUGCAUGGUACCAUUUGCUUUACAGAAUGAACAUUACCAGGAUUUUUCUUGUAUUUGAUGUUCACACCAUUCUUGGUGCGGGAGUCAAUAAAAAGGAUCAGAUACUGUGUCAACUCCGAAGUGUUUGUAAACCUUUAAAAUACUCUUUCGAGUGUUUGUUAUAUCGGUAAGUUCAAAACGUUCAGAACUCUAAGGAACAGCUUACCAAAAUACAUCCAAGUCAUCAGCACAACAUUUGAUGUUAUCUGUCUGUUUUCUCCCCUACUAAUUUUGUAUAUGUUAAGUCCGAUACAAAACAAGGGCAAUUGUGUCCAACGGUGAAUUGCAUUGCGUUUUGUUUUUAGGUGAUAUAAUACUGGACUCUAACCUGGAUCGAGAAUUCAAAAGCUCCUAUAUACUUUACGUAACAGCAGCUAACAUUGGAGAAAACGCGCCAGAAGGACGUUGUCAAAUCAAUAUAUCCGUCACUGACGUCAUCGAUGAGAAACCUUACUUUGAAAGCGACGUGCUCACAUAUAGUGUGGCGGAAAAUGCGUCUAUAGGAACAACUGUCACUCGGGUCCAAGCACUAGAUAGAGAUAUCGGUGAUACCAUAACGUAUUCAAUUGAGGAAAGUGUUUCCAGUGGGUUUUUUCACAUUAACCGAACCAAUGGUGUAAUAUCGACUGCUAAUUCCCUCGACAGAGAAAACAUGACUGAACACAUAAUAUACGUGACGGCUUCGGAUAGCGUCAACAUGACAUCGGAAAAAGUGAAAGUUAUUAUCAAGGUUGAUGAUGUUAAUGAUCACGCUCCAGUGUUUUCUAGUCCUGAUUAUGUUCAAGAUUACCGUGAAGAAUCUCCUAAAGACACAAGUAUUCUUAUAAUUAGUGCAAGCGACGCUGAUUCUGGCAUAAACGCCAACAUACGAUUCAGCAUUGUUGGUAAUGCGACCAACUACGUUAAAAUAAACCCCAUCAGUGGCCUUGUUUCUCAGGCUGAUAGCUUACUUGAUCGGGAGAUAUCGUCGUAUUUCAACUUCACGGUUCGUGCAGCUGACAUGGGAUCGCCAUCGAUGUCUUCCGAGAUUAACGUAUCUCUCGUCUUGGUUGAUAUCAACGAUAAUAGCCCACAUUUCAAUAAGUCUGAAUACCGUGCUUAUGUCAUGGAAAAUCAGCCAAUAGGAACGCCUAUUCUGGUUGUUACGGCAACGGAUGAUGAUAUAGGCUCCAAUGCCCGCCUCUCUUAUGGACUACAGGGAGGGAACUUCCGUUUCAAUAUCCACCAAGACACGGUACGUUUUAGAAUUAUGAAGCGUCUACAGAAAGCCUACAGUAUAUUUCACUUCUCUUCAAGUUCAUUAAUUGAGGGUUUCAAGGGUAACGUUUUGUCGAACUUUUUCAAUAUGGGUGAUGCCAUUCGCCUACACGUAAUGAAGGACCUAUAUUAGUAGAAAUAAAAAAAGAGUCUAUUAAUAUAGCCUACGGACGUGUCUUUCUGUGUUUAUUAUGUGGGUUAUGUCUUCGCCCAUGAAUUAAUAUGAUAGUUUUAACCUUGUUUCGCUUUUAUCUUCGUUUGCUCACAGCUGUCUGUUUGUUUUAUUCUCAAGGGCAACAUAACCACUGCUGUCGUGUUAGACCGAGAGCAAGCUGGUGCCGAAACGUACACCAUGACAGUCUUGGCCGCUGAUGACGCAAUAAGAAGCCGGCAGGGAACAGCACAGGUUCGACUGGAUAUCCUACAUGCAAUUCUGGGUGUUUUGAAAUAAACAAAAAAUAAGAUAAUUGGUUUUGAUUAAAUGAAUGCGUAACUGCAGGUAUGAAUGAAUAUAAACUAACGAACGAACGAAGUAUAAUGAGUGAAAGAAUAAAGGAAGGAGUGAAGUAAUGAAUGGAUGGAUGGAUGAAUAGAUGAAUGAAUGAUUCACUACUUGAUUAAUUAAUUCAAUAAGUCAUUCUUUAUAUCGAUUUAUCCCUUUGCAGGUUAUUGUUACUGUAUUGGAUGAUAACGACCAUUCACCAGUAUUUUCCCAAUCAAGUUACACCUUUCAUGUUUCUGAAGAUGUCAAUAUUGAUCAUCUCGUGGGAACGGUGUCCGCUUCAGAUAACGACGAAGGGAUAAACGAACUCAUAUCGUUUAUUAUUAAUGCAGACAAUUCAAGUGAGUGAUGUCAUUUUUAUAACUUUCAACCUUUCUUUGUGUCCGUAUCUGAUCACUGACUCUUUUUUUUUUAAUUCUUAGGUCUUCCCCUCGGAGUAAACGAAACAACAGGUAGUCUCAGAACAACGGGAAAGCUGGACCGAGAGACAAACACGAAUUUUACAUUUGUGAUUAUUGUAAGAAUAAAAGCUAACUUUUGUAUACAAGAGGCUUUAUCAAGGAAAAGAUCGACACUCCUGACCCUUCACCUUGAUGGGGAUCAUUUGAGGAAAAUCCGUCGUAAAAUUUAGUAAACUUGCCAAAUUUGAAAAUCAUCUGUCUUGAAGCGGGCGAAAAAGUAGCUGCCCAGAGUCGCGAAAUUUUAUAGACGUUUUGUACGUUGAAGAGCAAGUUGGUGUCUUCACCAUCCAAUCAACGUCCGUAAAAUUUUGCGACUUCGUGGAGCUGUACCUUCGAACUUUAUUGAUAAUCCAGCCAUCCCUUGCUUCCUUGGGGAGCAAGGGAUGGCGCAGUGGUGAGAGAGAUCGCUUCCCACCAAUGUGGCCCGGGUUCAAAUCCUGGCGUCAGCGCCAUAUGUGAGUUGAGUUUGUUGUUGGUUCUCUCCUUUCCUCCGAGAGGUUUUUCUCCGGGUAUUACGGUUUUCCCCUCUCCUCAAAAACCAAUCAAGUAGACGAAGAACCACUUAGUGGAUGUGCUACCUCCAAGUCAUUAUUUAAAUCACUCUCAAAUUUGGCUGUUUUAUUUACUAUUUUCUGGGCUCUUUUAUCAGCGGUGUCGAUAGAUGUUCAUUAGAUCAGGUCGAUGUCAAACGUUAAAAUACCGUGGAAGGAUCUCUUUAUAACAAAGAAACUUAUUAAGUACUCCAGUAACUAAAGCAUUCCCUAACUGCCUGAAUAGGGUUAAACUAAAGACUAAAAAAGGUAUAAAAAAUGUUAAUAAUCUGUAAAACGUUUUGCAGUCUUUUUUUCUGAUAUGUACUUCUUUCAUCAACCCGAAUUUUUUCAUAUUCAUUUCUUUCUAGGCACGUGAUCACGGAAGUCCUUCGCUGGAAAGCAAUUCAUCAGUACAAGUUAUCAUCGAUGAUGUCAACGAUAAUGCACCCACAUUUGAGAAAGUCAUUUACAAUGUUACAUUACCGGAAAGCACAUUCCUUAGAACCACGGUAUGACAGUCUUGUAAAGAAAAUAUUUUAGGUAGCACCGAUCCCCUCAUCGAUUGCUGGCGUACAUUUGUGGUGUAUUUUGAUUGCUAUUUCUAUAGAAUGUUCCAAAAAAGACUGAGGCUUGUAAUAUUUUAUUGAUCAUUUGUUUUAUGACAAAAUUUGUUUUCUUUUUUCAGGUGCAAACCGUCUCGGCAAAAGAUCCCGAUGCAGCAGCGAAUGGUCAAUUUCGAUAUAGUAUUGCAUAUGGAGAUGCCGAUGAUCAUUUCAGUAUAGAUGGUAAAUAAAUUUCCUUUACUUGAAUCCUUUUAAAAAUUAAUACUAAAUAUUUUAAAAAUCAUGAGAGAAUUCGAAUAAUGCGACAGAGAGGAAAAAAUUCCAGUCCGGCUCUCGAUUUAUUUUUAGGCCAAUUAAACGUCUGAAAUUAAUCGGAAGUUGGUUUCUAGAGAGAUCCGUAAAAAUUUAAUUCAGUGUUGUCAAGAGAGAAUUCAACAGUCGCCAUUACAACAUUCUGUAUUGCUUUCUUUUAUUUGAGGCAGUAGCGCGUGGGUUUUCCAACCAAUACGCCACUUGCACAUUUCCCAUAAUGCACCUUAUUUGCCCCCAAAAAUUUUUCAGAGGCAUUGUUUUCAAUUUCGCUUGGGACGGCUGUAAUACCCAGGAGAAAUGAAACACAAAAGUUACGCAAAAUUUUGGGGGGUAAAUAAAGUGCAUUAUGGGAAAUAUUGAAGUGGCGUAUCGAUUAAAAUUAGCGGACGUCUCAGGAAUUAGUCUUCGGUUUAAUUGAAACCUCUAAAAAUAACUUAUUAGUGAAAUUCACAUAUCGUAUCCCGGCCAAUACCCUAAGAUUCUCUCUCAUUAUGCUCUCUUGCCUCAGUCAGUUCUUUUUCUAUAGGUUCAUAUAAUUUGUUCCAAAAUUUAGUCACGUUUUGGUCAUAAAAGGGGUUCCGCAAAAACUAUUUUUAGCAUCCGUUAAAGCUCUUUCAAUGAGCAGAGACAUUUUGUGCCCUCUUCUUGAUUGCAUGAUUUCAAAAUACUCCAAAGGGGGAAGAGAUCUUCCGAGGUAUUUAAGAGUGACUGUAUUAAGAUUUUUCAGGGCAAGAUUUUUCUCAGAAUGAAUGAGCCUGAGAAACUACCUACAUUUCUCAAAGCCACCUCUGGCUUCCCCGCGAAAUGACGUCUGGGAAACGGGCGCAGAAAUUCUGAACGGAUGACUUGUCACAACCCAGAUCUGAGAAAAGCUCUGAUUGGUUAAAGCAGAUUUCCCUCGCCGCACGACCAAUCAGAAGCACUUAAAUGGGUCACAGUGAAACGUCAUCACUAUGGAAUUUCUAGAGUCGUUCCGCAGACGUAAUUUGGCAGGGAAACCAGUGGUGGUGUCGCGAAAUGUCUGCUGUUUUCUUAGGCUAAAAAUGAGUCUAACUGCCUGACCUUUUUUUCUGUCCGGCUGGAGGGUUCUGCCAUAGUCAGAAUAAACCUGUGACUGUUGAUUUAGUUAUAUAAAUGGUUGGAUGCAUUAAAAUAUUUUUUUCGUAAUCAAUUUUUUAUAGUAAAUCAAACGGUAAAAAUAAAGUGUUAAAAUUGUCUGUUUUGUUUACGUCAGCAAUUUCGGGUGUCAUUACACUGAGGCAGAAGCUGGAUCAUGAAACGAAAGCCUUCUACAAUAUCACCAUCGCGGCACGUGACCUUGGUAGUCCAACUCUCACUGGUUAUGCGUAUCUCCUGGUAACCGUCAGCGACGUAGAUGAUAACGCACCCGUCUUCCACAAAAACGAAUACUCCGCUAGCAUAUUUGAGAACGCAACUGCAGGCGCGUUUGUUUCUCAAGUGAACGCGUCAGAUCUUGACGCAGCAGAAGAGCACAAGACAAUUUAUUAUAGAAUCGAAGGAGGAAAUGACAAGAGAUUGUUUGUCAUUGGAGAGUUAAAUGGCACAGUUUAUCUCAACUGGACAGGAGCUUCCCUAGAUCGUGAAAAGGUUGCAGUGUAUCCAUUGACAGUAGCGGCGAUUAGCCGAGUGAAUGGAACAGAGCAAAAGUCGACGGUUGUUGUAAGCAUUAGAAUUGUAAAAAUUCUCUUCGCAAUUUUUAUAAUGCUAGGGCAACUAAGAUUGUACAUUUGUCACCAAAACUAGACGUACUCUCUUGAUUUGCGUUGAAAAAUGUCAUAGAAAACUGAAGGAAAAUAAGCUAUAGCUAGCAAAAGUGCAGCAGCGUAAAGCUAUGUGUCUUUACCUUAACUGUUUUCAAGAAAUUGUUCAAAAAAAAUGUGCAGAUAUUUCCCCUCAGGAUUGUGCCUCUCACGAACGCGCAAAGACCCAGAGUUGCUUGCUGCAGAACAUAACCCUACGUCCAAGAAAGAGGUGUAUUGUCUCCCUAUGUCCGCGUGAAAACGAUCUGGCAGAGGGGGAAGAGUGAAUUUGGGAAAGUUUGCGUACUGAAGUUUCCCCAUUAUACUUCCCUAAUAAGGCUACAUCGAAGGUAUAAUACAAAUAAGGUGAAAUAACUGAAUGACAUAAUCAAAAUUCUAUAAUAGUAUAUAUCACUUUUACUUUUCUUGCAGCUUACCGUUACGGUUCUGGACGUCAAUGAUUUUACCCCAACGUUUGAGGCCCCGUUCUAUGUGAAAUCUGUGGUGGAGGACACCAGAGCUCUUGGCGAUGCAGAAGAUAAAGUAUUGUUAACAGUUUCUGCAAAAGACGAAGACCAAGGAGAUAACGCUAAGGUUAUCUAUACAAUUAUCAAAGGCAAUGAAGAAGGUAAGGUGGAUUUGGUUUUCUCUCUUGAACAUUAAAAUUCCUUGUCAUAAACUGUGAAUCAAGACUUAUUAUUACAUUUUUUUGGGUCGCAUUACUUCAGUCGCAUUUAAAAGAAAAAGUGCCUCACGCAAAGCUAUUUUCGACAUCUGUAUAAUAAUUAAGCAUACACGAAUGUCAUCUAAUGAAAUGAGAUCUCAACUCUUUUAAAAACUUUGACACUUAACAGUUUCCAUUUUUGACAAUGAUAUCAGAUACAUCAAAACGUCGAAUAAAGUUACUCAGUUUGAUUUUUCUUCUUAUAUGCUUUAACAACACAGUAAUUUCCAAGGAGUUAUGAUAACCCCUCUAGUGGGGCUAAUUUAACUCCUUACAGUGGAGCUAUUUUUUGGGGAGUUAUUGUAACUCCAAAAAAGAGUUUAAACAACUCUUUUUCAGGAGCAACAGUGACCCCAGAUAUUGAGGAGUUCAAAUAACCGGCAAAAUGGAGUUAUCCUUUACCUAAUAUUUUUACUCCACUUUCAGAGUUAAGUUAACUCCAAAAAGAGUAAAAAAAACCAUGUAAGGAGGAAAAAUAACCCCAUUUCGGAGUUAUUUUAACUCCAGACUGGGAGUAAAAAGAACUGUCUCUUUUUCAGGAGUAAAAAUGACCCCAAAUUCGGAGUUAGAUUAGGAGUUACAGUAACCCCCAAAAAGAGGUUAUCCUGUACCUAAAAUUUUUACUCCAUUUUUGGAGUUAUAAUAACUCCCUAAAAAUUACGGUGAAGCAACCGAUUCAUCCGAUCUUCGACUUUAUUUUAUUUUAUUUUUACCUUGUUAGGAAUGUUUAUCCUAAGCAAUGCCACAGGAGAGUUAUCUAAAGCAAAACCGUUGGAUCGUGAGAUAAAAGACUUUUACAGUCUUUUAGUGUCUGCAUCUGACCAGGGACAAUCACCGUUGUCCAGUAAUACUACCAUCAAUAUCACCAUACUAGACGCAAAUGAUCAAACUCCAGAAAUUCACACACAAACAAUAUUUAUCAUACCUGAGGUACAACUUUAUCACUUUUUUAUUUAUCAUUUUAUUAAUUUUUCUUUUGUUUACUUUGUUUAACGUACACGGCGUUGGUCUCAGGGACAUUAGUCACUCAAACUUACAGAGCGAAAAAGUCCUGAAAAAUCCAUCGUAUUUUCAUUCAAUACGUACAGUCUUCUGUCUUCCAUUUCAGUGAACGACCUUUCUUUCCAUUCAUUCAUCCAUUCAUUCUUUUUUUCGCUCGUUCACUCAUUCAUCAAUUAAUCAUUCAUUAUAAUCCCCAGACCAAUUUGACUAACUUAACCUAGAAAAUGACAAAGCUCGUAAAGAGGGACAAAAUUCGAUAUACAACAUUGCUAUAAACCGAGUUCAGUUCAGUUGAGUUCAGCUUUUUUCAUUCACAUUUAAUAAUAUUAUAUUUACAUUGAUUAGAAAGUAACAUUGAAAUAAAAUAACAAAUAAAAGAGGAAAGAUAGACUGGCUUUGAGAGAUGUGUAUGGUGGUCAAAGGAGCAUAGCUUUCGAGCUGACCACCGGUAGAUUAAGGAAUCGAAACUACAGUACUUAUUUAAUAUGCGCUUGGUGCUAUAGCAGCGAGCUAUGGUGUGUCUGACAAAAAACAGGGUUGUGCAGCAGAUUAAUCUCAUAUGCCAAUGAGGGAAACCAGCCAUAUUAAAGACCGGAGUACCUAACACUAGAUGUCAAUAAUUUACCAUGACGUUUGACGUUUUUUCACAGAAUGCGACAAUUGGAACUAGGAUCACAUCGAUCAAUGCCACCGAUAAAGACACUGGCACUAACGCCCAGAUAAAGUUUACAAUCAUUAGUGGGAAUGACGAUGGAAUGUUUGAACUCAAUGAAACCAGCGGUGACUUGCUAACAUUAAAGGAACUUGAUUACGAUCAAGCACCAAACUUAUACAAGGUGCGUAAUUAUCUCAAACGACCGUCAUAUGAUUUUCGUGAUCCUCAUACGACGCACAGAACGCCGCUGAUAAUAUCAAUCCUUUCAAAACGUUUUGUUAUUUGUUGAUAAAAAGUAUACCUUAACACACGUUAUGAAUACUUAAUUCUCAUUUUUUUUUCAUCCCAUAGACAGCCAUGGCUGAACUAUGUAACUAGAAAGGGCUCGUUUUUUACUGCGAUGGGAGAGAUAGCAAUUCUCUUGCACUCUUUCAAGUCUUUUUUUUUUUUAUUUUGAGAAGAGUCUACCUCCAAAGCCUGAAAAUGUCCCUAGAGACUCUAGAUGACUUUUUGAACUCUUUUUUUUUUUGAGCAGUUUAAUAAGUGACCUUGAAAUGAUUACUCACCAGGAAACUAAAACAAAGGAUGAAAAGGAUUAUAUAAUGAUUUUACUGUUCUAGCGAACAGAUACCAUUACGGACGGCUUUAAUUUUUAUUUUGGUUAGUCUUACCAACAAGCAUUUAAUUCCCAGCUAAAAGAAUAAGUGAACGUCAGUCUCUCUUAUUCGAAGUAUAAUUGUCUUGAUCAACAGCUUACAAUAAAAGCUCAAGACCUGGGAAGCCCAUCAUUGUCAAGCGAGAAAACAAUAACUGUUGCCUUGAAGAAUAUCAAUGACAACAGUCCAAUCUUCGUUGAGGUAUGUAUUCAAAUUCAAAUUCAAAGUAGACAGACUGCAAUUUAUAGUAGUUGGUAAAAAAUAUAUCUACGUGUCCAAACUGUUCAUCAGUAGGAUGCCUAAAAUGCGUGCAAUUCCACAAUUGGUUUCGGCUCCAUUAAAUCCUAUACCAAUUGCAGAACAUUUUAGGAGGAGCCACCCACCGUGUGAGCACAGUCGCGGACAACACAUAUAAGUGAGGAAAAUAACGCAAAGCAAAACUAAGACGUUAUUAAACGAACUAAAUGUACACGCAAUUUAAAUAAAUAAAUAAUGCACGCGCCCAAAAUUGAAUUGCGCGCGUACACGUACCAGUAUGCAACCGAAAUAAAAAUCCUAGUAAUUAAACUGGAAGACCUAUGGCUUGCAGGGCAUGCUGAAAGAAGGGGAGGGGAGGCGAGGGGAACAAGAGGGCGAAAGGCAAACGGGAAAGGGUCCUUUUCCCUCUCUCCUCAGUCCCUCUCCCUUUUCCCCCAUUCCCCUGCCCUUUCAAGGCUUGUCACGCAGGUAAGAAGACCUAGUAAUGGAGUUAGCGAACGCCGCUAAUAGGAAAUACCGUUAUAAUUAAUUCGUAAGGUUUUUUGCCUGAGUAACUUGUGCAUACAUUUUUGCAUUUUUGUCUAAAUCAGUAACAUUACCAAUGGAUUAAAAAUUAUACUGUUAAGCUUUAUAACUAUUUUCAGCGUCAAGUGACGCUAUCGGUUGGCGAGAAUCUUGCUGCUGGGGCAGAAGUAGGGACCAUAGCAGCCUUUGAUGCAGACCAGGACGGUCCAAUAUUCUAUUACAUCCAAGGUAAACGUAAACAAUACCAUCAUGUUAAGAAGCUUGGUAAGCCAAGUUUAAACUGGGUUAACAAGGCUUACGAGUCAUUUAGCACGUUUGCUCCAAUGGGAACCACUCAUCAAUUAACACGAUUAAUGAACCAACUUAUUACAUGUAAGAUUGUUACGGAGACGGAUUUAGCACUUAAUUACUAAUAGAGGACAGUUUUUUAUGUCUCCUACUUGGAGACCGGACAAUCUGUUUUAUCUGUUAAUCUAAGAGACAGCUAUUUAUUAUUGUCAGGAGGAAAUACCGAGAAUGUAUUCGUCCUAAACGAGACUUCAGGAGUACUGAGAACGACAGGCCCGAUUGUAAGUACUUUGGAGGACAAAUUGUUUGGAUGUAGUUAAGGAAACAAAUUAAGUUUUCUCAGUGUAAUUUAUUAUAAGUGCUUACAUUUUAAGUGAAGCAGAGGGCUCGUGGCAUCCUAGAUAACUUUAUAAGACUUUAUUCAUACCAACCUUAAGUUUUUUCCGGUUAUCAGUCUAGGAUAGCAAACUAACAAUUGCUGGUUUUCAACUAUCCUAUUUUAACAGGAUCGAGAGGUCAAGUCGCAGUUCUUUUUGUAUAUAAAGUCCUCAAAUGUAAAGGUUUGUAAACACUUUCUUAAUAGGAUCCAGUAUCGGCUUUGAGAUUCGGUUGUUUUGCUUUGCUACUUCUACCAAUAUCUAUUGCUCUUUGCAUUAGCUGUGAGAAGUACGCCUCAUCGUUUUGGUUUUGUUUUUGUUUUGUUGUUAUUUCUUUUUCUCUUACUUACAGCUUGAUCCAAAUACUCUUCAGCCAAGAAACAGGAGAGCUAUCCCAGAUGCAAGUUCGAAUCAAACAAACGCUACAAUACCAAGUAUGUUUUGAUUAUACCUUGUAUUUCUUACUUUAAUGUUUGCCAUGUGGAUCAUAUGCACACAUCGGUUUCAGAAAAGAUUUUUAAUCGGCUUUUAGUGUCAAAAAAGAAAGCAAUAUACUGAACUGACCCUAUAGUGUUCCCCAAUGGCAAAGAAAACACAUGCAUCUUGGUACUAGUGCCAACGAAAUGCUUUGAUCUUUUUCAAUCGCAUUCGCUGGCUUUAAUUAUUUUUUGAAGAAAAAAAAAGAAAGGAGCAUGCUUGCUGCCUAGUUAUGCUUAGCAUAUCUGCGUCCACUAUGUGCGACGAAGUCUAAUUACUUCGUCCAAAAUGUUUUUAAAUUACGCUGAUCAACGAAUGUUUUAUUGCGCUAUUAUCGUCUGAGUAUCGAGUGUUUUUUUGUGGCUUUAUACCAUUUACAUUUAGAAAUUACCAGAUAUAAGGUACGUAUUACUGAGGUAUACCUGUUCUUAAAACAGAUGACGUUGGAGUUCAGUUGGUUGUCAUACAGAUUACAGAUAAAAACGAUAAUGGACCACAUUUUUCAAAGAUACUUUACACUGGAGGUAAAAGCUUUUUUUUGUUUAAAUUCUUGCACUCAGUAAAAAUGUGUGCUUUGCUUUAUACCUUUUUUUAACACGCUCACUGUUAUUCAUGUAUUACCUUUUAGGAGUUUCAGAGGAUGCACAACACGGAAGUAACAUUCUUCAAGUUUUUGUAAGGAGCACCGCCACGAUAUUUUUUUUAAAAUAAGCAGUUAAAGGGGCUGUCAGGGCUGGCUUGUUCAUUUUGUCUAUAAUGUUAACUAUAUAUUAGAUAACAGGUCUUAUUCGCUAUGAAACUAACUAAGCAAUGUGAAUGACAAAAUCACAACCUCAUGGUCUAGACAAAGAUGUUUCCUUCAACCCUUGCAAACAACAAAAAUGAACAUAGAAAAACCGUCAGGAGAACAAUUUUUUGAAAAAAAUACAAGUGAAAUCUGUUUUAAUCUUCUUAAAAUUUUGUCUAUUUGUCUUUCAUUCGUUAUAUUCGUCGAGUUAUAUCCAUACCUUCUUUCAACGUUCUAAGCAGUUGUUUUAUAUGUUUCACACGUAUGGCCACUGCUGAAUGUUGAUAAUUUCAUGACAAAGCUCUUUUAAACUUGCUUUCAGUUACAAUUUGACAAAUUCAAGCUAUUCUUUUAUGGUACUACAGGAUUUUCCUCGGUUCAAUUUAAACAAAAAAUAUAUUCGAUUCACUUGUCGAUCACUGUUUCAAGUCAGGUGCACCCAUAUGUCCGGUGUAGCAGACUCAAAGUGCACUGUCUAAAAGGGAAUUAGUUAUUACUUAGGUUAGGGAAACUAGUGAAUCGACGUUUUCUUUAAUAAUUAGGCGACGGAUUCUGACGAGGGCAACAACAGCCGUAUUGCUUAUGAGCUACUGAACACAAAGGACAGCACAGCAUUCAGUAUGGACCGUGAGACUGGUUGGAUCAAAGCCAAAGUAUCUUACGCAGGGCAGUUUGGGAAGGAAUUUUCCGUUGAUGUCAUCGCCAAGGAUCGCUUUGGUGAAGAACCGUAUCUAAAUGAUACCGCAGAAGUUAAGGUAGGUUAAAUGUUUCCACAAUUUUUUUGUACAGUUUCAAGCCAGUUGAACUCAUAGUGUACAAAAUAAUUUACUGUACAUUAUUGAUCUUCCGCUUGUUUGUAGAUAUAUGUGUUAACUGACGUCCAGAGAGCUGUCAUUAUCUCAGGGAGAUCACCAGAUUUUGUUCGUGAAAAUCAAGAUGAGUUGAAACGGUAACUUUGAUUAGACAUUAUUAUCCUUACCUUACCUUGCCUCCUUACUCUCUAUUUAAUUGGGCACAAGGCCCCCGCACUUCUCCAGCUCUUUUGAAUACUGUGUCUGGUCUCAGUAAAAUUAUACGGCAGAUUCAAGUUGAGAAUUUGUCAAAAUAGAAAAUGAGCAGAUGAAAACGGCUCAAAACAAUUCUUUAUAAAAAAAAUUGCGUGAAAGUACUACUUAAUGUGUUGAAAUAAUGAACAGUUAAUGACUAGGAAAGGGGAAACUUGGUCACGUAGUACAAAUUCGCGUUUGCCGUGUGACGUAAACGUGAUGCUUAACCUCUCUCAUGAUGUCUUUUAACGGAGAUAGGACAUUAUCCCAUCACUAAACCCUCAAACUGGAGGGCUAGGUAUUGCAAUUCCUCUGAACUUUCACCCAAAACCUGCCAAACACGUUCAGGCGCUACACUUAAGGAGGAAAAAGUAUUACACAUCAAACCCUGAAAAAUAUAUUCUCUGACAAAAACUUGUAAGUUCAUCAAAACUGGUUCUUAUCCUGUUAAGACUUUAUUUUCAGACUCUAAGGGACCGCUCAUUAUUUAUCGCCUGGAGACGGAGGAUUUGGGGCUAAGCAAGGUGAAAUUUAGCCGACCCCCCCUUUGAAUGUUACUUUACUGAAAUGAUCCCCCCUAAUAACUUUUGAUGACUUUCGCGAUCCCUCGCACCCCCCCCCCCACGCCCCCACGCCUCCCCCCCCUCCUCACCCCUCAACGCCUCUCAACCCCCACCCCCCCCCUUCUGUACUCCUUUCCCUCCCGACCUUCUUUUUUGCCCCCCCCUUGAAUCCCUCCAUCCCCCUCCCUCACCCCUCUCACCCACCCCUCAUCUCGCAACCUGCUCCUAUACCCCAAUACUCCUUCUACCCCCCCCCCCCCCCCCCCCCGCCCCGCCAUGCCUUCAUUUUCCAAGCAAAUUUGAGUGGUCCCCCCUCUGAAUCGUUCCAAAGUUUUCUGCGAUCCCCUCUGUUGGGUUCUCAGAUACGACUGAUCCCCCCUAAAAUUCCCCCACCCCCUUGGGCGAUAAGAAAUGACCGCCCCUUAAAGGCGCUUCACACCACUGAUUUGAGUCAUGGUUUGUUACUUUUCAGGGUUCUGGAGAAUAUCACUGGUUACAUUAUCAACAUAGAUGACAUAAACUAUUACAAAGAUGAAAAUGGAAAAUAUGACUAUGACAGGUGACAAUUCUUCCUUUAUUUUUCUCUCUCAAAUUUUUGCACCAUUCCAUUGUUUUAACAGGUUAUCAUUUUCAGUAAAAGGAAGAGCAGAUCACUGAGGUGGAACAGGAUGUCAUUCUUCUAAAUAAAGAAUUAUUGUUCCACUAAAGGCCUGCUGGUUCUAAAACAAUGAAAAUUUAAAGGUGAAUUAAAUCAGAUAUAACAUUGUGACCCUUGGUUAUCUCAAAAAUAAUAACCUCGGCCUCGCGCUCAGAGAUUACUUUAUAAGAGGCCUUCAGAGUGUGGGCAUAAUCCUGUUUACAGCUAUUUCGAGAAAGGUUGUCGGCAAAAAUGUGCACGCGACGAUCCCGAAAGAGAAAUAUGGGAUAUGAUCAAUACACAGUAGCUAUUCCAGACACUGUGGCUGUCAAAACUACUUUUGUUGAUUUCAUUUAGCACGCGCAAACAUAUAUCCAUGGCCUCUCGUGCCAUUCUAUCAAAUUUCUUUGAAGAACAGCGAACUCAAAACCACCCACAAUACCUUUCGGGAUUGUCGCGUGCACGUUUUUCGACAACCUUUCUCGAAAUAGCUGUAUAUAUUGUUUCUCGGGCGUACAAGGCGGGCAAAGGGGUGGGCAGGCCUCAGUAGAAUGUUUUAUUAUCCUACAGAAAAUAAGAUUUGCUGAUUCUUUGCAUGUUUACCCUCUUUUUCCAAAGGACGGCAGUGUUGUUUCAUGCAGUCGAUCCGAAAACAAACAAGGUGGUUGACAAGGGUAUUGUCAUCGAGUAAGUUUGGGUUCUAUACAGCCAUUUAUAUUGUGAUUUGAUCUAUUCGCAGGAUUUUCCUUGUUCUUUGAAGAGGGUUGCAAAAAGGCAGGGGUUGGAGUGAGGCAAUAGCCAGUCAUAAUUUUGAAAAAUGGAAGUCAGUUAAUUACCCGCAUUUUACACAAUCGUUAAAAUCAAUUAAUGACAAUCUAGCGCCGUUGUGGUCUAACUUCACAGCCAUGCAUUUUGUUAUUUGACCCGCCAAUAAGUGAUUCAAUAACAAGAAUAAGAAUAAUAAUAAUUUAAAAAAUUAUAAGGCGCAAAUUCAACAGGAAAUCUCUGUACCUGGUCAUAAACCAAGUCAUUCGCCAAAAACUGCAAUGCAAGUGGAACUUCAUUGAAUAGAAUUUUUAUCACGUCGAGAUACUGUACCAUACCCGGCUUGGAACAUGUUCUGCAGUUUUCCUUAUCAAAGAACUGAGGAAAUAAUUUAAAAUAUGUUUAUUUCUUACAGAAAAAUCGAUAACAACUACGACAAGCGUCUUCCGUUUUUCCAGGAAUGGAAAAUUAAAGAAGUAAAGGUAAAUUCAAUUUAUAGUGGUUUUCACCAUAAGAUGAACUUAAAGCUUUACCCAACACAUGCUUAAAAAACUUUCUUAUGAGAUGAAUGAUAAGGGAAUGAUAAUGAAGGCGAAGACGAUGACAGUGUCUACACUGAAUGACGAGGAUGAUGACGAUUUCGUUAAUGACGACGAAUAUGACGACGACAAUGGUGAUGGUGAAUGAUGAUGAUGAUAAUGGUGAUGGUGACAAAACCGUGUUGAAACAGGACGACUGAAUCAGUGCAAAGUACUUCCAAUACAGGUCUUUUUUUAUUAAAGAAAUCAUAAUAUGUUAAGAGAUACAAAACAGGAAAAUAACCUUAAAAUAUGACGAAACUUUAGGUCAACUUAAUAAAAGCAACACACUUUAGUUGUCAUUAAUCUUUAAAAUUCGUUUUGAAAGUUUUGUCUUUUCCUUAUCACAAGGCUCACGUUCCGGAGGAAAAAGAAGACGAGUUUCCGGUGGUGUUAGCUGUGGUGAUCGGCCUGGGAAUCCUUCUCUUCUUGAUUAUUUUGAUAUUCUGUUGUGUGAUAUUUAAGCUGAGGAAAAGGUACGUCCUCGACCAAUGUUCCCUUAUUUUUGGAGUUAACGUUCAGUUGUUGUUGCUGUUGAUGAUAACAGAUAUUUAUAAAACCAGCCUUACCUUGAUGCCUUCACCCUAUCUUGGCGGAGGCAAUUUUAAUGAAAUAGAAUAGCAAACUCGCCACCUCUUUAGUUUUUAUUCAUUUUUUGUUAUUUAAUUCAGAUAAAUGUUGUAUGUGCAUUUUUAUUCUCAAACUUGUUUAGGCAAAAACGAAAACUCAGGGCAGCAACUGCAGCCAGUUAUGGAGGUAAAUACAAACUAAACGGUGAAUUAUUUACCAUUCUAGCCAUGUUCAUGAUUACCUUCAGUGCUUACCCUUUGAGCAACUUAUAAUCGGUUCAGAGGGUUUCUUGUUCUGUCUUUUUAAGAGACCUAAUUUUAAAGCUACAUUUACUGAAUAAAUCUAUAAUAAUAACAAAAGUGACACAAGCUGCGCCAAAGCGGCAGACAUAGAAAACAUACGUUUUGAUUGACUGCAUGCACCUGUCGGUUUAAUUACAUUUGCGAGUAUAGUUACAGGUGGUAUAACAAAACGAUAAGUUUUCUUUACAUUAAAAUGUGCUUAUGUUUUUGUUUGUGUUUUAGCCUGGGUUUGGGUUUCACACGAACAGGUUUCUUAUGCAUUCGUUUAUGUAACUAGUGUGAAUCGGUCUUACGAGCGGGACGUGAAAUUCUAUAAUGGCGGAGUUAUAUUUCAUAGACCGGCUGCAGGUACAGAAGUAAUAUUAAAUUAUCACGGUGGGCGUAUAGGACCCAAAAAAAUUUGGGUAGGAACUACUUUUGCAUUUUUUAUUCGUUUGAGCUCAAACUUUGCAGGAUGGUAAGACUUUGUAUUCCAAAAAACCCGAUGUUUUUGUGACGUCAUUUUCCCGCCAAAAGAAACGUUAAAAUCGAAAAACAAAAAACAUAGGAUUUUUUGGAAUACAAAGUUCUACCAUCCUGCAAAGUUUGAGCACAAACGAAUAAAACAUGCAAAAGUAAUUCCUACCUUGUAAUUUUUUGGGUUUUCGAUUUCGAAUGUACUAUUAAUUGGAAUAUAUAAUUAUUUGCGAGCAAACUACUUGAUUUCCUGUUUCUUGCAGGUUCCCGCUCAGUGAAUGGAAAUGGAACCGUUACAUCGAUAUCGACAACAAACCUGCAUAUUUCUGAAGGGUUUGUUAAAUUCUUUCACUUUUAAGUGAAAAAAAGUUGCUGCUCUCAAUUUUCCAUAUGUGAUCACUUUUUCAAUUGCUUUUAAUUUCUUAAAAAUUUACUCGUGUCGAGCCGAACGAGUACUGAGUGUUGUGUAAGCCACAUUCGCACUGUUCAGGAUCAAACUUUUAAACACAAGUUCGAGAUUAUAAGAUUCUUUUAUACACAAAGGCAUCCAACCAGUCAAGUCAGUCAAGCAAGUGUUCAAGCUUAAGCAAAGACGUUUUUGAGCGACGCAUGUCAACCGUAAGUGGGCCUCUUUCCUCUUUAAUCUGCCGCCUUUAUACCGUAAAAUUCCGAAAAUAAGCCCCUCCACGUAUAAGCCCCUCCAAAUAUAAGCCCCACAAACCGGUAACGCCAAAAAGCCUAAGUUAAAUCGCCCCUCCAAAUAUAAGCCCCUUGUACUUGGAAAACUGCCCUCAAAUACAAAGUAAAACAAAGUAAAAACGGUAAAUUUACUUCCAACUAUAAGGCUAGCCCUAUCGAUUUUGAGACGCAUAAGCCCCUCCGAACAUAAGCCCCUCCAAAAAUAAGCCCCUCAAAAAGGGCAUUCGAAAAAUAUAAGCCCCGGGGCUUAUUUACGGAAUUUUACGGUACUUUAAAAUUUGUAUUUUGGUGCCUUUAGUCUUAAAAAGACGAUUUGCCGCAAAUGUGGGCAAACCGACUUCCCAAGAAUAAAAACAAACACUUCCGAUUGACGUGCGUCGCUCAAAAACGUCUUUGCUUAAGCUCACUAAUGAUCCAUUUAAGGCCUUAUCUCGUACCCAGGUCUGACAAUGUCUUACGCUUCACAGAGGGAGAUCUGGGCAAGAACAAAAUGAUUUUGGAAGGAGAAAUUACGGAUGAAAAAAUGAUGUCUGAAUUUCAUCCGAUUACUUCGAGUAGUUAUUAAUCCCUCUGUAACGACGUUGCCGAGAGGAGGAAACGACUCGAAGCAGUCGGAUGAAAUUCAGGCUAGCAAAAAUGACCAGUUUUUCAUUUGAUUUCCAAACACUCAUUAAACAUUUAUUUCUUUUGCAUUUUUUUGAUAUAAUUUUUAAUUAUUAAUGAGUUUGAGAAGUGAAACAACCGUGUUUUUGCAUUCCAACAUGUUCCGAGCAAUUUGUCCUAUCAUUCUUCUUAUCUGGGCUCUAACUUAAAUAUAAUUUACGGUUCCACUGCAGAUCAAAUCCUAUCUGGGUUGACCCGUACCAUAACUGGGGCAUGAGAACAGACGACGAAGAUGGAUCCUAGUAAGAAUAUUGUAGAUUUUCAUAUGGUACUUUUCUAUAAUCUAGGACAGACCUAUUUGACGAUCAUGAUUUCCUAUAUAAAUCUUGGAACAAUUUUACACUACUUCCGAGCCGUGUUUUCCUGUUUUUAAGUUCAAGAUGAUUGAAAAAUUCAAUUGGUUGAAAAACAAUGAAAAUAAAUGGGGCUCGACUGAAAGUAAAACUAAUUCAUUGACACGUUAAGAUGGAAUCCAUCAGCAAAUUGAGUAAUUUCAAUUUUCAUUCGACAAACACCUUACAAUAUCACACUCUUUUUAGCACUUUUCAAGGGCUAUAGAUAUAAUUAGUUAUCUGUAAUAACACUAAAGAAAGUUUCCCAUGGGAGCCCGAGAAAAUAAAUGUCAAAUUUCGCUAGAAUUGUGAAAACAGAGUAAAAUUCUGAAAAUUUCAUAUAAAAGAUGUCAUUUUGUAAAAUUUUACAUUUAUUUUCUCAGGCUCCCAUGCAAAAUUUUCUUUGGUGUUAUUACAGAUAACUAAUUACAUCUAUUGUCCUUGAAAAAUGUAAAAAAGAAUGCAACAUUGUUUAAAUUAUUCUGGUACAAGGUUUUUGUCCACUUAAAAUUAAAAGUACUCAUUCACAAUUUCGUGAUUGAUUCCGUCUUAAACCUUGUGACGUCCAUUCGUGCAGAGUACAAGAUUGCUAUUACAAUAUAUAAUGAAUUGAUUAGUUUAUGGAGAUACGAAACGAGUGACUCUACCUUAUCUUAUAACUUUAGACACCGAGAAGUGGAUUGGAACUAAAAAUAAAAGCGAGGCGGAGCCUUUUUUAAAGAGAUUUAUUUUUUUCCUUUCGAAGCUUUAUUGGUGUGAAAAACACUGUGGCGAGCGUUAAAGCAGUUUCUGAAACCAUUAGUAAUGUCCAAGAUUUAAUUCAUCACAAUCAAUAUCACUGCCCCCUUCCUGUAUUCUCUUGUAUUAUCUUAUGAAUUUUAAGAAAGUUCAAUAAAAUUCAAACUCAAAUUGCUGCAUUUUAAUCUGAAUUUAGUGAAAUGAAUGUGGGACGAACAUAUGACAAUCUCUCGCCAUUCUAUGGAAGUCCAUUUCACAUAGCCGAGGACGCUCAUGGAGAGCUCUAUGAGGUACAGGUAUGAGUAAGGAGCAGUCCUCCGGCCGGCUCCACCUCUUCUCUUUACUGCUGGUAUGACUGUCUUUCUUCUUUCUAUCCUGUCUUCUCAUAAUAGCCGACGUCAUGCAUGUUUACGUCAGACGAGCAAUUUCACCACCGAGUCUUGUUUCGAAAAUCUUAUUUGGCAAAGUUUUACUAAAUUGAAUCCCCAAGACUGUUGUUUCAAAAACAAUACCAUGAGUAAUGAGUGCAAAUGCAAAUAAUUCUGUUAAAGAGCGAGCGAGGCUUGGUCGUGAAAUUUGCUCGUCAGGCGUAAACACUCAUAAGGGCCAUUCCAGAGUGCUUUGCAAAUUAUUAUUAUUAUUAUUAUUAUUAUUAUUAUUAUUAUUAUUAUUAUUAUUAUUAUUAUUAUUAUUAUUAUUUCAUGAUUUAAGACAAAUUUUUUACCUACAACUUUAACGAGUCCCAUGUAAUGUAGAACCAACGAAACGCCAGUAAAGACUGAGCCAAGUAUUUGAAAGCUUCGUUUUUACUCGUGAACUUGCAUACCUUGAUCCAGAGGUCCGUUCUCUAAAUAUUUAGUCCCGUUCGCCCGGUUUGACUUCUCCACGAGCUAUCAGCAAUUAGGUAAGAGAAAAAACCUCUUCCACUUCCGGGUAGAACUUGAACGACUCCUCCUUAAAAUUAUCUUAGAUUUUGAUAGGUUCUGUGUUACAUGAAACUGGUCAAGUCUAAAAUGUUGAUGAGAUUGUCUGAUAAAACGUGUCAAAGACUUUGUGGCAGUGGUAAUGUGAUCUUCACUAUCGAGGGGCUGUUUCACGAGAUGCUUAAGACAAAGUGUCUUAAGAAAGUGUACCCCUCAGAUUUUGACGAAGUUAGUACACGGCUUGUUGUUUUAGUCGGAAACUGUGCAUCAUGAUUCAACAGUCCGGUAAUUUUUCUCUCAACACUUAAUUCUUGCUUACUAACUUGCUACUUGACUAAUCUUUGUUCAGUGAGUUUAUCCUCCUUCCUAAUUUCUAAUAUCUCGUUAAACGUUGCCUUGCAUGACCGCAUAGCAUACGGUAAUCACAUUGUCCGAAAAGGUUCAGUUGGGCUCCGCUGAAUUUUGCUAGAUAUGCUUCAGGCUCUGAAGAAAAGUCUUGUUCGUAGGAAAAGCCUAAAAACAAAUUAAAGGUAAAUUGGGCAAAUAUAAUAACGAUUAUGAUUUUGACGUUUUGUCUACUGUUGCAGGAAUUCUCAACGGACAUGCGCGAAGAUGAAACAAACAGCAUAGAGGAAAAUCCAGGGAAGAGUUGUACAGGAAGCAGAAAAAGCUCCUCCUCACCCCCCUCUCCCGAGGUAUAUGAGUCGUCGCCAAGAACGGAACGACUCUACAACACCGAAAACCAAGACAAAUACAUUAUCACCUCCAUAUAAGUCCUCGAGAGAAAAAAAAAGAAUGAUGACUCAUAAUAGAUCCUUCCAAGGUUUUUUUCAACUUUUGACUGGCACCAGUUAGCAAAACCCGCCAACACGGCUUCGUGAAGAUUGCCUUAAGACCAAUAAAGACGCCAAGUUUGAAAGUGAGUUGUUGAAAACUUACAAAGAUAAAGUUCCUUAAGGCCAUGUAAUCUACCGUUUUGUGUGGUGGGGGCAAGCUUCCCCCCACCACACAAACAAGUGUAUGAUUUUUCGACUUUGUGGAGAAAUAUUAAUUUCGCUCUCUUUGGACGUAUCACCUUUAAACUUAUUUUAAUAAGUUACCUAAUUUUGAGGCCCACCACUUAGUAGUGUUAAUGGGUCAAAAGUUUUAUAAAAGAGUGGAAGGGUCUAUUAUGAAAACAAAUGUAUUUGUAAUUACAACUGCGAUUUGUUGAAAAUAAAAAUGGCAGCACUUUUUUGGGAAUUUGCUCACUUUUUUUCUUAAAUUGAGCGAUUACAUACAGGCAAACGCAAUUUUUUUUUUUUAUAAUAAGUUUUUUAUAUUUUUAAUAAAAAGAAUUAUGUUUAAAUGUUUAAAGCAUUUACAAAAAGGUAAUUCAAUGCAUGGUGAUGAAAUCUAGUGCAUUCUUUUUUUUUUUUAAUUCAUAUGACUAUCUAGCACUUUGAGUGAAAUACUUCUGUGGAGGUCUGUUAAAUUGGAAGUUAAAGCCGUGCUGGCAUGGCGCAAUGUUACAAAUAUUUUUCCUCAUUCAAAACAAAUGUAAUCUAAGUGAUAACUGUAAUGAAACAAAAGGAUCCUAGACUAGACAUUUGUAUCACUUGUACCUAAUUAUUAGCUCCUUUUACAGCGAUUUUUAACAUUUGAGGCGUGGAAGCUACAUGCCAUUUAUGGACAAUGUUAAGGG